ACCAACAGGUUGGUUGCACGUACGAGUUAUCUGCGUCGCUACCACGUAUCGUUUUCCGAGUGUCCGUUUGCUCCACCUUUGGAGUGUUGUAGGUGCAGUGUUGUGACAGUGUGUUUUUAGGCAUACAAUCGGAUAGUGUAUCUCUAUAAAGUAACAUUGUCGUUAGUGUGCGGCUUGUUCCACGGAGUUCUUAACGGCUGUUCGCCUAGCGAGGGAAGGUGGAUUGCUUGCACCGGGAGGAAUGAGCCCCGUACAUUACUGCUCCCGCACUCACCGAUGAUCUCAAGGGACAAUGUAUAUAGAAACCCUACCGCUCGUGGUUUGGACGCUCCUACUAACAACGACACAUGUAGCGACGCAAAACCAGUAUGGAAUAGGCUUAGGAAUAAAACGAGAAGUAUUUUUCUUAAAUUUAGAAGACGGCUACUUUGGUUGCCAAGUAAACGAAUCGACACAAAUAUUACAAUUAUAUGAAUUAUCAAAAUUAUGCGACGGUGUGCCAGAUUGUUAUAAGGCAUCCGACGAACUUAGAACAGAAUUAAAAUGCUCAGAUGAUUGUACCAAAGACGACGGAGCGCGCUGUAUAAACGGUGCCUGCCUAAAUGGUGUUUGCCACUGUAACGAUGGGUUCGGCGGAUGUAACUGCCAAGAACUUGACGUAAACGAAUGCAAAGACAGGCCGUGUGAUGUUUUCGCUCACUGUACAAACACCGUUGGUAGUUUUCAAUGUUCCUGCUUCCCGGGUUAUAUUGGCGAUGGUUUCACAUGUAAAGACAUUAAUGAAUGUGAAGAUCCCGCAAUCUCUGCGCGAUGUGUAAAAAAUGCUGAAUGCUGUAACCUACCUGCUCAUUUUAUUUGCAAGUGUAAUCGAGGUUUUGAAGGGGACGGAGAGGAAGAAUGUCGAGAUAUUGACGAGUGUCAGCGACCCGGAGCUUGCGGUGUUAAUGCGAUUUGUCAAAACUAUCCAGGAAACUAUACCUGCGCAUGUAAAGCAGGGUAUACAGGAAAUCCUUUCGAUGGAUGCGUGGACGUGGAUGAAUGUGGCAACAUCGGCGCAUGCGGCGAUGGUGCAAUAUGCCGCAAUGUGGACGGCGGCUACGAGUGCAGCUGUCCACUUGGUCGUGAGGGUGACCCACGAAUUUCCUGUCUCGAUCAUGAUCAAUGUGCACGAAAUCCUUGCGGUCGAGACGCGCUCUGCGAGAACUUGCCUGGCGCUCAUCGCUGCUCCUGCCCACCAGGUUUUGAAGGAAACCCUGACGUACAGUGUACCGACGUAGACGAAUGUAAGAGUAGCAAGCCCGUAUGCGGCGAACACGCCGUGUGCACCAAUACUGUCGGCAGCUUCGUGUGCACAUGCAAACCCGAGUACACAGGAGAUGCCCGAGUAGCCGGUGGUUGCCAUGACGUUAAUGAGUGUGAAACUUUGGAACAUCCUUGUGGCUUGCACGCGAUAUGUGAGAACACCAAUCCAGGAUAUAAUUGUCUCUGUCCCCAAGGAUUUAGAGCAAAACCGGAUCCUCAAAUUGCAUGCGAACAGGUGGACGUGAAUACCUUGUGUAAAUCAAAUUUUGACUGCACCAAUAAUGCAGAAUGUAUAGAAAAUCAAUGUUUUUGUAAAGAUGGUUUUGAUGCCAAAGGAUCAGUUUGUGUCGACAUCAACGAAUGCAAUAAUAAUACUAAAUGUGGAGGAAAUGCAAUAUGCAUUAAUACAUUGGGAAGUUAUAAAUGUGAAUGUAAUGUUGGUUUCAUCGGUUCUCCACCUACAGUCACUUGUCGGGCACCCUGCGAUGAUGUCCAAUGUGGAGAACAUUCUUAUUGCAAGCCAGAUGGUUCUGAAGCCUUUUGUGUGUGUGAAGAAGGCUGGACAUUUGACCCUAAUGAUAUAGCUGCUGGUUGUAUAGAUAUUAAUGAAUGCGAUACUUCUCUUGGAUUGGCAGGACGAUGUGGAGUUAAUGCCCAAUGUUCCAAUACAUUAGGAAAUUUCAUUUGCACCUGCCCAGAAGGUUAUACUGGUGAUGCAUAUAAGGAAUGUUCAGAUGUAAACGAGUGUUUAUCAGAAAAUAUAUGUGGUGUAGGAGCAAAUUGUAUUAAUCAUGAAGGCUCUUUCUCGUGUGACUGCCCUGAAGGCACCAUAGCAGAUCCCGAGCCCACUGUAAGAUGUUCGGAAAUUCUCAGAUGUAUGUCAGAUAAAGAUUGUCCUGGGAAUGCUAUUUGUGACUCAAAAAAGAAAUGCUUAUGUCCAGAACCAAAUAUCGGAAAUGAAUGUAGACAUCCAUGUGAAACUGUCCAAUGCGGAAGUAAUUCAGAAUGUCUCCUGAGCAAUUAUGAAGCUCAAUGUUCAUGUCAGACUGGAUUUACAGGAAAUCCUUUAUCACCUAUUGGUUGUCAAGAUAUUAAUGAAUGUGAAGUUAGUCCCUGUGCAAUAGGAGCAGUGUGCAUAAAUUUUCCGGGUCAUUUUCAAUGCGAGUGUCCAGGUAAUUUUAGUGGAGACCCUUAUUUGAACGGAUGUAUUGUUAACAAGAUACCUAGCAAAUGUAGUCAUGUAAAUCCAUGUCCACCCGGCGAACAAUGCAUUAUGCAUGAGGGAGAAAACGUUUGCAUAUGUACUCAAGGCUUUUCUCGUAAUACAGAAACAGGAGAAUGUGAAGAUAUUAACGAGUGCACGCAACUUGGAAGAACGCCAUGUGGCUUAAAUGCUAUGUGUAAAAAUUUGCCAGGUAGCUACGAAUGUAAAUGUCCUUCUGAAUAUAGUGGAAAUCCAUACAAACUUUGUGAAAUUUGUGAUGACAUCAGUUGUCAAUGUCAACCCCCUUACCAAAUUGUGGAUGGAAAAUGUGUAUUAUCUGGUUGUUCAAGUGAGAAAAAAUGUGGCAAGGGAGCUGAAUGUAUCAUCAUUGCUGACGGAGUUAGUUAUUGUGCUUGUCCCGCUGGAUAUUCUCAAAGUGUUGAUGGUACAUGCGAAGAUAUUAAUGAAUGCACUUUUGGCCAACCGAUGUGUGGGUUUGGGGCAGAAUGUAUUAACACAGUUGGAUCUUAUUUAUGUAAAUGCCCACCAGGUUAUGGUAAAGAUUCAAUAUCAGGCCACUGCAGUCUAAACCAGAAACGAUGUAUUAGCGACACAGAUUGUUUUGCUAAUGAAAAAUGUAUUCAACCAGGAAACUGUAUUUGUCCACCUCCAUUUUAUUUGGAUGUAACAGAUGGGCAAAAAUGUAAAAGCCCGUGUGAAAGAUUCGUUUGUGGGAUUAAUGCCAAAUGUACUCCUAGCGAUCCCCCAAAAUGUAUGUGUAUGUCUGGGUUCGAAGGUGAUCCCUAUACUGGUUGCACGAAUAGAAAUGAGUGUGACAGUGCUCCUUGUGCAUACGGUGCUAUUUGUCACGAUGAAAAAGGUGGAUACAAAUGUAGUUGUCCACAAAAUAUGGCAGGAGAUCCGUAUAAAUUGGGAUGUAAUGAAGAACAAGGUAGUUUACCGAGACAAUUGUGCAGUAAAAAUAGUCAGUGUGCUAACAAUUUGGCGUGUUUGAAUCGCACUUGUGUAUCUCCUUGCAAAACUGUGUCUUGUGGUCCUAAUGCUUUUUGCGAAGUUGAAAAUCAUGCAGCUUGGUGUCGUUGCAAUCCUGGAUACACAAAGCCUGAAGGUGGUAAAUGUAUAUCAGGUUGUGAUCACUAUUCCUGCGCUCCUGCUGCACAAUGUAUUAUAUCGAAGUCAGGACCGACUUGCGUUUGUCCUGAAGGCAUAGUGGGAAACCCCUUUCCUGGUGGAACUUGUAGAAGAGACAUUUGCGGACCAGGAGUUCCUUGUGAAGAACCGUUGACGUGUGUAGCCGGACGAUGUAGACAGCGUUGCGAAACCAUUGUAUGUGGAAUAGGUGCAUCGUGUGACGAUAAUAGUGGUCGAUGUGUUUGUAACACAUUUUUUGUAGGAAAUCCAGAAUUAUUAUGUAUGCCACCUGUCGCUCCACCUAAUUGUGAACAACGUUGCGGGGAAAAUGCACAUUGUGUUUAUGGUCAAACAAAUAUAUGUAAAUGUGACAAAGGUUACACAGGAAAUCCUUAUCAUAAAUGCAUUUCACGUAAACAUAUAACUUGUGCUACUACCUCUUGUGGAACAAAUGCAGUUUGUCAGCAAACUAAAUCGCACGUCGAAUGCUUAUGUCCUCCUGGUUAUGUCGGUAAUCCAAAUUUACAGUGUAUUGAUAUUGACGAGUGCAGGUCAAGACCUUGCGCUGAAAAUGCUAUUUGCAUUAAUACUCCAGGAAGCUAUAGCUGUAUUUGCAAAAGUAAAUAUGUUGGUAAUCCAUAUGAAUUAUGCACGCUGCUUUCAAUUUCUAAAUGUGUAGAUGGGUCUGCUUGUUUGUGUUCUAAAAAUACAACAUGCCCCGAAGGUUAUAUUUGCGAAAAUUCUAAGUGCAUUGAUGCAUGUCAUUCCAUAAUAUGUGGACCUAAGUCAAUUUGUGAAGAAGGAAGAUGCGUUUGUGUAACAGGUUACAUUGGUAAUCCAAAUGAUCUCAUGGAAGGAUGUAGGCCUGAUAACAAAUGUAUAAUUGAUAAUGACUGUAAAGAUUCUGAAAUUUGUUUUCAAAUGGGAAAGAACAUUCGUAAAUGCGUAGAUUCAUGUAGUAAAAUUCAAUGUGGACCAAAUUCUUUAUGCGUCAGUGCUAACCAUCAAGCUCAUUGUAUUUGUGCAGAAGGCUAUAUUGGAAAACCGAGUGACAUAAAAUCUGGUUGUCAUUUAGAACAGAGAGAACCUGAUGAAGGAGAAUGUAAUACUAAUAGUGAUUGUACAAGUCCGCUAAUUUGUGUUUCUGUAGAUGGAACUACUAACAAAUGCGUCGACUUAUGUUCUACAAUAGCUUGCAGUGCAAAUGAAAUUUGUAAAAUAAUCAAUUUUACAGCACGGUGUGAAUGUAAGGAAGGAUUUCUUUGGGAUCCUGUUAAUUCUAUGUGUGAACAACCAACAACACCUAAUUGUAAAUCAGACUUUGAUUGUGAUGACAGUAAGUCAUGCCAAAAAGACGUACUGGGAGUCAAUAAAUGCAUAGAUAACUGCUUAGUAUUUACUUGCCCACAAAAUUCUAAGUGUGUAACAAUAAAACAUAAAAGUCAAUGCCAAUGUUUAACAGGUUUUGUAGGCAAUCCCAAUGAUCGUGACGGUUGUUUACCAUUUGAUAAAAAUGAAUGCUUAAAUGAUGCUCAGUGCAAAGAAAACGAAAUAUGUAAGAGUGUAGGAAAUCUAAAGAAAUGUAUACCUGCUUGCCAACAAAAGUUGUGUGGACCAAAUGCUGUAUGCAUUACCAAUAAUCAUGUUGCAAAAUGUCAAUGUCCUUUAGGACCAUUUACAGGUGAUCCUGAUAAUUUAGACGUGGGAUGUCAAUCAGUCCCUUGUGUGUACAAUAUUGAUUGUUUAGAUCAUGAGCUAUGUAACCGUAUGACGCACCAAUGCAUAAAUGUAUGUAACGAAGAUAGUUGUGGAGAAAAUGCAGUAUGUAUAGCAAGUGGCCAUAAAUUAAAAUGUCAAUGUUUAGCUGGAUAUCUACCAGAUCCCCUACCAGAAAUUAGUUGCAGAAAACUGGAAUUGUGUAACCCAAAUCCUUGUCAUCCCUCUGCUCUUUGUGAACCACUGUUUUCAACGUAUGUUUGCAAAUGUCCUGUCGGUUAUGAAGGUGAUCCAAUAAAAGAAGGAUGUAGAAAACAGGGUGAUUGUCCAAGAGGUGAUGAUGAUUGCUCAAGAGAAUCUACUUGCGUUGAAGGGCGAUGCAUCAAUCCAUGUGAAGGAGCUUGUGGUAUCAAUUCUCUUUGUAAAAUUGUUGAAAGAAAAGCCAUUUGCUUGUGUCCAGAUGGUUAUGAAAAUUCACAAGACGGAAAAUCGUGCAAAAAAAAAGUAGUGGCAUGUAUUAAUGAAUUGGAUUGUGACGGUGAUGUUUGCCAUAAUGGUCAAUGCUUUUCAGCUUGUAAAAAUUCUAGUCAUUGUGAUCCAGGAGACAUAUGUGAUAAAAAUUAUUGUAUAACCAAAUGCAGUGCGCAUUCGCAAUGUGGAAUAGGGCAGGUAUGCGCUGAUGGUAAAUGUUUAAUUGGUUGUAGAAAUAACAAAGAUUGUUCUAAUGAAGAGUCGUGUAUAAAUAAUAAGUGUGUAAAUCCAUGUCAAGCUGCACGAGCCUGUGGACCGAAUGCUAUUUGUACGAGAAUAAAUCAUAGUACAAGAUGUGAAUGUCCUGUAGGAUUUGAAGGAUCACCAACGCCUCAACAAGGUUGCGUACGUAAACCAUCAGCAUGUGUACGAACGUCACAAUGUCCUCCUGAUCAUAUGUGUAUAGGUUUCCUUUGUCAGGUUCCCUGUCAGAGUAAUUCAAACUGUGCCAUUGGAGAAAAAUGUCACGAUAACAAAUGUCAUAAAGUAUGCCAUAGUAGCAGCAACUGUUUACACGGAGAACAUUGUAGUGCUGGAAUAUGCAUUCCUGGAUGCAAAAGUAAUUCGGACUGUCUGGAUAAACAAGUUUGUAUAUCUGAGGAGUGUAAAUGUGACAAAGGAUUUGAACUUGUUAAUGGUGAAUGCAUAAACGUGGAUGAAUGUGUUAACAAUCCAUGUCAUCCAUCAGCUCAGUGUAUAGAUUCUGCAGGCUCCUAUAAAUGUAUUUGUCCUACCGGAGCAAUUGGUGAUCCUUAUAAAACAGGAUGCUUGUUACCUAAUCAAUGUAGACAAGACAAUCAAUGUGAGGAUUCUCUUGCUUGCAUUAAAGGAAAAUGUUCAAAUCCUUGUCAAAAUAACGUAUGUGGUUAUAAUGCUAUUUGUAAAGUCAAUAAACAUAGAACAACUUGUGCUUGUGAAAAGGGACACCUCGGAAAUCCAUUCGAUAAAAAUAUUGGAUGUUUUAAAGUUGAAUGCUUGGAAGAUUCAGACUGUUCUCAAGAAAAAUACUGCAAUUUAAAGAGCAAUAAGUGUUCUGAUAAAUGCGAGGAUGCUAUGUGCCAGGGUGGGAAUUGUAAAAUUGAAAACCAUAAAGUUAACUGUGUUUGUGGGACAGGAUUUGUAUUAGUAGGUAAUACUUGUGAAGACAUAAAUGAGUGCCUUAAAAAUCCAUGUCCUCUGAAUGCAGUUUGUGAAAACACGAAGGGAACGUUUAUCUGUAGUUGUGUUAACGGUACUAUACUGGAGAUAGAAAGUGGUAAUUGUAGAAUCCCAGGCGAAUGUUCUAAUGAUAACGAUUGCUCUUAUGAAACAAAAUGUUAUGAUAAUAAUUGCAUCAAUCCAUGUGAUAAGUUAACCUGCGGUGUAAAUGCUGUGUGCAAUGUAUUGAAACAUGAUCCAGUAUGUGAAUGUAAACCAGAUAGUCAAGGCGACCCCUAUAAAGAAUGUUUUAAGCCCGAGUGUCUCAAAGAUUCCGAUUGUUCAUACGAAGAAGCAUGUACUAAUAAUAUUUGUCAAAACUCAUGUAGCAUACCACGUGCUUGCGGUAAAAACACCAAUUGCUUGUCAAGAAACCACAUAGGUCACUGUUCUUGUAUGUCAGGUUAUACUGGUGAUCCUGUUCUUGGUUGCGUACCUAUUCAAUAUUGUUCGGACGAUAGUCGAUGCUCUUCGGGCACUAAAUGCCUUGACAAUUUAUGUGUUGGUGUAUGUCAAAACUCAAGGGAUUGUUUCGAUGAUCAUACUUGUAUUCAUGGAGCAUGUAGACUGACGUGUAUUUCAAAUAAUUCAUGUCCUGAUUCUUAUUUUUGUGUUAAUCGAAUCUGCACUAAAGAUAUUAAAUGUAAUUCUGACAGUGAUUGCUCUGAUGACGAACAAUGCGAACAGUCUAAUAAUGGCAUUCCAAAAUGCGUCAAAUUAUGUGAAAGCCAGCCUUGUGGUAGAAAUGCUUUAUGUACAGGUAUAACUCAUAGACCUGUAUGUACAUGUCAAGAGGGCUUUUUGGGAGAUCCAGUAAAAGGAUGUGAUAAAAAAGAAUGUGAUAGUGAUAAAGACUGCAGUGAAGAUAAAUAUUGUGAAAAUAAUAUGUGUAAAGUAGCAUGUUUAGCUUAUAACGAUUGCGGUGAAAAUUCAAUUUGUGCUUCCGAAAAUCAUAAACGUAUAUGCUAUUGUCAACCUGGAUUUACUGGUGAUCCGGUUAAGGGAUGUACUGAAAUCAAUUGGUGCGAAACAAAACCGUGUGGUAAUGGAGCUGAAUGUAUUAGUACACGAAAUAGUGCAAAAUGUGUCUGUCCAGAAGGAACUGUUGGAAAUCCACACGAAGAAGGCUGCCGUAAAGCUUCAGAAUGCCGAUUCAAUAGAGAUUGUCCAGCGGCUGCACGUUGUACCGUUAUCGAUGGUGUUAGAAAAUGCACCGAUGCUUGCGAUAAUAUUAAAUGUGGAAACAAUGCUGAAUGUAUUGCCGCUAGACAUUCAGGUCAAUGCAAAUGCAAAGAGGGAUACGUAGGAAAUAGCGCCAUUGGAAAAGGCUGUCAUCUUCGUGAAAUAACGUGUAAAAAUAAAACUGAUUGCUCUGAUGAACAAUAUUGUCACAAAGGAAUAUGCCAAGGUCUAUGUAUAAUUGAUGAAGAAUGUGAUUCAAGUGAAAAAUGUUAUAACGGCCAAUGUUUAAAUCCUUGUCAAAUGGAAAAGACUUGCGGUAUGAAUGCUAUUUGUCGUACCGAAAAUCAUGUCGUACAGUGCAAUUGCCCUAACAGUUUUACUGGGAACCAAGACGUCGAAUGUGUGAGGAUUCCAAGGCUAUGUGGUCUGGCAGGAGAAUGUGAAGAUGGCUACGUUUGCAAAGAUUCCGCUUGCGUUCCUCGGUGUAAUCAAAACGAAGAAUGUGCACUUAACGAAAGAUGCUCUCAAGAAAAUUGUUUGUUAACAUGUCGUGUCGAUAACGAUUGCUUUCUCGGCCAUAUAUGUUUAUCGAACAGCUGUCGAUAUGGAUGUAGACAGGAUGAUGACUGUAGGCAAGAUGAAGUGUGCAAAAAUAAUUAUUGUAAAAACCCUUGCGCUAAUGAUAUUGAUCCUUGUGGCCCGAAUGCAUAUUGUUCAGUCAUUGAUCGAAAAGCUAUAUGCUCAUGCUCAGAAGGCCUAAUACCAAAUCCAACGCCCAAUAUUGGCUGUGUUCGUACUCCAUCUCUUUUAUGUGAAAUACAUACUGACUGUGAAGAAGGUUGGAGGUGUGAAGAUCAUAGAUGUCGACCAGCCUGUACAUUAGAUGGAUCAGAAUGCUUAGAAGGAGAAAGGUGCAACUCAGGCGUGUGUCGAUACGCUUGCACUUCAGAUGCACACUGUUCUGAUGAUGAGGUUUGUGAUGGACGAGUUUGCGUAACUGGUUGUAGAUCUAACUUACACUGUCCCAGUAAUCUUGCUUGCAUAUCAGGACAGUGCUUAGAUCCAUGCACAGAGCCAGGCACUUGUGGAGCCAAUGCUCUUUGCACAACUAAAGAUCAUCUCCCCAUAUGCACUUGUCCGCAAUACUUAGACGGUGAUCCGAAAAUGGUUUGUAAACGAGUAACAACUGCUUGUGAUAUUAAUAAAAACUGCCCCGAUGGAUUUAAUUGUUAUGGCGAUGCAUGUUAUCCAUCGUGUAGAAGAGACAAUAUCUGCUUGUCGAAUGAAAAAUGUAUUCGAGGAAUAUGUCGACUAAUUUGCAACAGUGAUGAUGGGUGCAGCGCAGGACACAUUUGUGAAAACAGAAUUUGUAAGCAAGGCUGCCGCGAUGAUAAUGCAUGCGAUAAUAACGAAGCAUGUCUAAAAGGACAAUGUAAAGAUCCUUGCGUUAACAACGCAGCUUGUGGUAUUUGUUCAGAGUGUAAAGUAGUAAAUCAUCGAACAAUAUGCAGUUGUUCAAAUAACUAUACAGGUAACCCACUCGUGGAGUGUAAGAGAAAACCAGUGCAAUGUGAUGGCUUUUGCCCAUGUGAUGAGAGCGGUUAUUGUAUAUCACUGUGCGAAGAUAACUCAGAUUGUAGCUGCGGGGAAAAAUGUUACAACGGCGGUUGCAGGUCUCUAUGCUCAAGCAGAAAUAAAUGUCCUGAAAGACAAAUAUGCAUGCAAGGACUUUGUGUACCUGGUUGUAAUAAUAAUCGAGAUUGUGGUGACGACAUGGUCUGUUCUUCAAAACAAUGUGUUGCAGUUUGUCAAGACAGUUCAUGUGGCAAAAAUGCUAUUUGCUUGGCUAAUAGACACCGAGCUGUUUGUAGUUGCCCUAGUGGCUUCUCCGGCGACCCAGAACAAGCAUGUAAAGCUUACGAAUGUAUGAAGAAUGAAGAGUGUGGAUCGGAUGAGGAAUGUACUGAUGAAGGGAAAUGUAAGAACGUUUGUUUAAGUGCUUGUGGAUCAAAUGCGAUAUGUCGUUCAGUGCAUAGAGUACCUAAAUGUUCUUGUCCACCAAAUUAUGUAGGCAAUCCGAGAAUAGAAUGUUCUAAACCUGCAGCUGGAAGUUGUCUACGUAACCCUUGUGGUAUAAAUGCCCGUUGCCGUGAUCUGGACGAUGGAGAUUAUGAGUGCACGUGUCCUCCAGGAUGCGCCGGUAGCCCACAAAAACAAUGUUUCUGUGGUGCUAUGACGCCUUGCGCGCGUAAAUCAUGUGGUACAAAUGCUCAAUGUCGUAUAGGAGAACAAGGGGAACCAGUAUGCUUCUGUCCUCGUAUUUACCCUAAUGGAGACCCAAAUAUUGAGUGUGCUAAAGAACCUAGCGUUGUCGAUUGUCGAACGACGUUUUGUGGAAUUAACGGGGAAUGCUUAAGAGAAGGCGCUGAAUUUGUAUGUCGUUGCAUUCCCGGCACAGAAGGACAGGCAGAUGUCGAAUGUCACACCAGUAUCGAAUGCACGAGUGAUAAAGAUUGUCCAGUAGACAAAGCGUGUUUGAGCUUACGUUGCGUCGACCCUUGCACGAUACGCGGUGUUUGUGGAGAGGAUGCCCUCUGCGUGUCCGUGAUGCAUCGUGCCCAGUGUUCGUGCCCACAGUGUUACGUGGGCCAGCCACGUCUAUCCUGUCGGCUAGAUCCUAGUUGCAAACCUACAGCCGACACAAACAUUACUUUCACUUGUUCCGAUACAAAACCAUGUCCGUCAAAGUUGGCAUGUGAUAUGGCGACUAAUGAAUGUCGAAACCCGUGCAUAGACUACCAAAAUUGUCGGAGAAAUCAAAAAUGUGAAGUCAGGAAUCACAAACCUGUUUGUGUUUGUCGAAAUGGAUUCGCUCUUAAUGAAAGGGGAGAACUAACUUGCGCACCGGAACACGCUGAAUGUACAAGAGAUGAACAAUGUCCGUCUAAUGCUGCAUGCCGAGAUUCUAAAUGUGUGAAUCCUUGCUUAGCAUCUAAAGAGUCUAUUUGUCCGAGAGGAAAACAGUGUGAUGUGGUAGAGCAUCGGGCAGUAUGUAUAUGUGUUGAAGAUUGUCACCCUACAGUGUCCAUAUGCCUUAGAGAUAAUGGAUGCCCUCAAAAUUUAGCGUGCAUGAACUUCCAAUGUAAAGAUCCAUGUAAAGAUGCUUGUGGUGACGCCCCUUGUUCAGUUGAAGAUCAUCACCCCGUAUGCAAGUUUUGUCCUAGUGGAUUCAUACACGAUGAAAAGCAUGGCUGCAUUAAAGCGUUAGAGUGCGGUGCGCACGAGCAGUGUGCGGCGGGUCUGGCGUGCAUAGGCGGGCGGUGCGCAGACCCUUGCGCGAGUGGCGGUCCGUGCACGCGCGGACAACACUGCGCUGUCGUUGACCAUCAACCUGUUUGCUCAAAGGUCUGUCAAUGUCAAACCACUUCGGACUGCGCCAGGUAUCCAAAUACAAAGUGUGAUGGAUGCGUUUGUGUACGAGAUCAAAAACCAAUCACAAAUUGCGCACAUUGUCGACCGGGAGUUCCUUGUGACCCUUUUUCCGGAGCGUGCAUGGAGAAUGAUCGACCUCUAAAUGUCCCACUAACAGAAACGAACUCCAAUAUAAUUACUUCAACUACUAUCAAAUUUAAAGACUAUACUGACCAUGACAGUGUAACGAACAUUGAUAACUUUAUUGAUACCACUUCCAGUGCUAAUACUGUAGGGGACAACUUUUCAACUGAAAACUCUUUAAAAGAUUUUAUGAUCCCUACCCAUUCUACAGAAAAUUUAAGUACAACGUCUAAAUAUGUUGAUUCCGAGAUCUUUAUUUCAACUCCUGAUUCGACUAUUGAAACUUCGUCAUAUUAUCAAACAGAGAAAACACUAUUAACCAUAACUGAUUCGUAUAGCUAUAACAAAAAUACCGAUCAAGGUUUACAUUAUAUUGGUUUCGAAGAUCAACAAAUCAAAGACAUCACUACUCUGGGACCUACAUCUAGUUCUGAUUCUUAUGAUUCAUAUACAACUGAUUCUGUAAAAAAUGAAAACACUUUUAUACAUUUAAUGUCAAAUCAAGAUAAAGAAUUUAAGACAACGUUAGAUUAUGAGGAACUCAUACAAAGCAGCAGUACAAUACACACAGAAAGUACUGUUAAACCUCAAUUAAAAAGAACAGAAACAAGUGGCUCACAGAAACAAGUGCAUGAAAAUAAAAAUACUAAGACACCAGAAAAUCAAAGAAAUUUACAUAAAAACUACACAGAUAAUUUAAUAACUGUAGCUAAAAGUAGUACCCCCAAAUUACAAACAACAAUAAAUAUAUAUAAUAACAACACGGAAAAAACUAUAAUUUUUUCCCAAGAUGUAUCAAGUCAGAAUGAAAUAACAACUACUCAAGGUACGACAGAAUCCAUAACAGUUGCCAACUUUAUAGAAAAUACUCAAUCAGCGUUAAAUAAAUUAAAUUUGACAAAAUCAACCAUCUCGAUAGAUUUAUUUAAAGAUAGUACAGAUUUUGAAUUUGCUGAAUCAACGACGAAAACAUCUGAACCACAAAAUACAAAUAAACAUGUAAUUCAAAAUGAAUCUACUCCUGACAUAGUACAAGUGUUCCGAACUGAGUUUGAUACAUCAACACAAAAAUUUGAAACAUCAACAUUUUCUGAUACGAUUGAAAUGAAUAAAUCAACGGUUACUUCAUUAGAAAAGAACAUACCAUUUAAUAAGGACGACGAAGAAACAACAGUGACUACUGAAAUGUCUGUAAUUGGUGAUUCUCAAACAACGAAGUCUGAUAGAGUCACUACAGUAACCAAAAUUACUAGUAUUGCCAGUACCUAUGAUCUUUAUGGCCAUACAAUUAUUGAUUCUACUAGAACAACUACUCAAAAAAUGGAAAACGAUUUAACACAAGCCACUGAUAGAGCAAAAGAAUCUAUAACAAGUAAUGAUUUGUUAGAUCGUAAAACUUUUUUGACAGAAGAAUAUUCAAAAGGAGGAUCAACUCCGAGUUAUCUGGAUUCAACUAUAACCGCUAACCAAGAAAUAAUUACAGAGGAACAUUCAAAAUUAAAUGAUUUAAGGAUAACAACUACAGAUAUAUUAAAUUCACGGACAGAAUCUACGAUUGAACAGAAUGAAACUACAGAUGUAAAUAAUGAUUACACAAAAAUAUUGGAACAAAAUGAAACAGCAACAAAAGCUUCUUCAAGUUCUGAAAUACACACAAAUACUGAAAGUUAUGAAUAUUCUACGAUAUUUCUAAAAGAAAACACAGAGAAAAGUAAAUCAACAAAAAUCCCACAUUUUGAUCAUACAAAAUAUAAAAGCGAGGAAACAGUUACGCAAUAUGAUAACUUAGAUUAUAAAACGGCAACUGAAUUUUAUUCUAGUACAACAAAUAAAAGUAACAACGAGGAUUCUCUUACUCGAUCGUAUACCAAACCUAUUAUGGAUAAUAAUUUAAGUACAACUGCAAGUACUGUAAGAGACACUAAUAAAUCUCAUUUAGAGGAAUUUACAACAGAGGAUAAAGACUCCGUUACCGAAAAUGUUAACAUAUUUAACUAUACCACAGCUUCGCUGUCAUAUGAUUUUGGUACUGAUCAAAAUACCGUUUCAACGCAGUAUUCUUCACACAAUUUUGAAACUAGUACAAUAUCUCCAAAAGAUGAAUUGACCACAACUUCACAAUCUGAAUAUAGUGAAAAUACUUCCAUGUAUCAAACAUUGAAUGAUCUGGACAGAAACCCUCUGAUAACAACUAUAUCAACCCCUCGAGAAAUGACUCAGGUCUCAACUCGAGAUAAUAUCCAAACUCAAACAACAACAAAUACUGAUAUUAAAAUAACAGAAAAUAUAUCUUUUAAUUAUUUCGAUUCUAGUAAUCCUGUCCAAAAAGAAUAUUUAGAAAAAAAUGAUAAAAUUUAUCCUACAACAGAGACCAUUUCUGACAUUUUACAUUUUAACCAUUAUACUAUGGCUCAAACUACAGAAAGUCAAACUUUAUCUUAUCAAGAUAUAACACCUUACACAGAAUCAUCAAAUAUACCCAUUGAGUCUACAAAAAGUCAAAAUAAUGAUUAUAUUUUUAAAGAUAAUUCGGAGACAUCGGCAUUUCAGCCUGCUGAAAUUAUAACAACAACAAACACAUUUGACACUACAUAUUACGAAGAAAAUGAAUUCCAAACAACUCAACAGAAUAAAAACUCUAUGGUAUCAACAGAAAAAAGUCUUAUAAAAGAUUCAUCAACGCAAAAAAAUUACGAUUUGUUUACUUUAUCAACUAUCGAUACAUUAAUAGAAACUAAAGAUUUUUUUAGUAACGAAGAUUCAAUUCAAGAUAAGCCGGUUAUAACAGAAACACCGGUGGUAGAUAUAUCAGGCACAACGACUGAACAUUAUAUAGAAGAAAUAACUAAAACAACACUAGUAGAAAAUGAAAGUACCGAAUCCACGUUAGCCAAUGAAAUCAAGGAUACUAAAAUAAUUAACAAACAAUAUGAAAGUAUAGAUAUGUCGUCAACAAUUUUACCAUUAGAAGCAGGUAGUACAACAAAUAGUAACGAAGGUACUUUUACGACACUCUCUAAAACUAUUGAAAUUGAUGAUACUUUAGUAAAUGAAUUCAAAGAAACUGUAACAGAAAAAUCCUUAACCACAUUAUCUUUAUCAGAAAAAAAUAGACCUCUUAAUCUAAAUAUAGAUUCUAUUAGUACAUAUGAAAAAAUAUAUACUACAGUGGCAUAUAAUGCUGAUACUGAUAUAAAACUAACUACUGAUUUUGAAAGCCCCAAUUAUAAUGAUUUGACUAUAGCAGCAAGUACAGAAAAUGUCAUAAACUCGAGUAAAGACAAAAAAAAAUUAAAUAAAAAUACAUUUAUAACACAAACUAAAGUAUAUGAUUCGACUUCGCCGUCCUCGACCAUAUUAGAAAACGAGCCAUCGAAUAAUAUGAAGAACGAUAUAGACACUACGUUGGCAAAUACACUGUUUAUUACAGAAUCUGUAGAAAUGAAAAAUGUUGGUGAGUCAAGUGAAAGUAAUAUGUUGUUAACAUCAACAGCAAAACCUACUUUGAAUAAGUGGUUUUGGAGUACGAUAAAAACAAACGAGGACAAAGAAGUUGCAGAUACGUCAACAUUACAAUCGACUACCAACGAUUACAUCGCUACUAGUACGGAAAAUACAUCCGAGGACGUAUUAAGGACACAAACAGAAUCUACUAAUAAUGAUCAAAAUGGAAAACAGUAUCCAUCAACAGUGUCCGCUAUGUCGAGUACGUCCUUAGACAAUUUGUCGUCGCGAAGAAAAGAUAUAGAUAUUUCUGCUUGGACUGAUUCUACUCCUUACUUUGAUUUGACUGUGACUGAGACUGUAACUGACAUUCAAAUUAACAAUCAAUGUAAAUCAAACAUUCACUGUCCCACCGACAAGUUCUGCUUUGUUGGAGUUUGCCAGAACCCAUGUGAAGUGCGAAACCCGUGUUCAAAGAGUGCUUCCUGUAAAGUUGUGAACCAUGACGCUGUUUGUGCUUGCAAUGAUGCAGCCGAACACUACUGUGGGAAAGAAUCACCCGGGACACUCAAAACACCAGAACCUUGUCAUUCUGAUCGAGACUGUAUAGAAACAGAAGCCUGCUUUAUGGGACUAUGUCAAAAUCCUUGCGAAUUUGACAAUGUUUGUGGUAUUGAAGCCAAAUGUCAUCCGGUUAAACAAAGGCCAAUGUGCUCCUGUCCGGCAGGAUAUGAUGGUGAUCCAGCUGUUAAAUGCUCACCCACCACAUCUGGUUGCACUCGAAAUGAAGAUUGUCACUUGACUGAAGCUUGUAUAAAUAGUGCAUGUCAAUAUCCAUGUUCCAUACACAACCCAUGUGCACAAAAUGCAGUCUGUAUAAAUACAAACCAUGGCUCAGAUUGUAGUUGUGCAGAAGGAUAUCAAGGAAACGGAUAUAUUGGAUGCGUACCGGUUGUUGACUCUCAUGCAGUAUGUCAAUAUAACGAAGAUUGUCCACCAGAAUUGCUAUGUGAUAGGUUAAACAGAGUUUGUAUUAAUCCGUGUGCCGUAAAUAAGUGUGGAGAUAAUGCUGAAUGCUUCCCUGCAAAUCAUGGAAUACAAUGCGAAUGUUUUGCAGGCUUUACUGGUAAUCCAUUCCUAGAAUGCUAUCAAGUUCAAGGUUGUCGAUCUGAUAAUGAAUGUUCAAAUUCAGAGGCGUGUAUUAAUGGAAAAUGCGAGUCGCCUUGUAGAUGUGGAACAAAUGCAAUUUGUGACGUUCUAAAUCAUCGUGCUUCUUGUAAAUGCUUAGGUGGUUAUACUGGAAACCCAAUGUUAAGUUGUGAACCCCCUUCGAACCCUUGUUCUCCAAACCCAUGUGGUAUAAAUGCACUUUGCGAAAAUGAUAAUGGCAAUCCAAUCUGCUUUUGUCCUAAGGGUCUUACCGGCAACCCUUUCAAGAAUUGUAUUCCGGAAGGUAAUGAGUGUGAACCUAACCCAUGUGGACCAUUUACUGGUUGCAGAAUUGUAGAUAAUAAACCAGCAUGUUUCUGUCUUCCAAAUUAUGAAGGAAACCCUCCUCGACAACCUUGUCGUCUACCAAAUAAUCCUUGUAAUCCUUCUCCUUGUGGUCCUAAUACACAAUGUACAGUUUUAUCGAAUGGUUUUUCAAAAUGCACUUGCUUACAAGGCUACGUAGAGAGUCCAAAUACAGUACGUGGCUGUGUCGAGACACGCAAUCCUUGUGAACCUAAUACCUGUGGCCUUGGGGCGCGUUGUGAUCCAAACAGGACACCCGCAUGUUACUGUCCAGAAAACACAAGAGGAAAUGCCUACAAAUCUUGUAAUCAUGAAUCUGGGUUGCCCGUAUCUUUUCUCUGCCAACCUGGAAAUUGUGGUGAAAAUGCGGAUUGUUACGUCAGUAACAACAGAGAAAUGUGUUUCUGUAGAGCUGGAUUUAUUGGAGAUCCUUAUAUUGGCUGCCAACCUCAAAAAACUCCUUGUAGUCCAAACCCUUGUGGACCUCAAUCUCUGUGCAAUAUUCAAUAUGAUGGGCAAGCACUAUGUACUUGUAUAGAAGGAAGCACUGGUGACCCUUACAGUUUGGAGGGCUGCCAUUCCAGGGAAUGUGAAAUUGAUGACGAAUGUUCACUGGACAAAGCUUGCAUUGGUUACGCAUGUCGUGACCCAUGUCCAGGAGUAUGUGGUCUUAACGCUGAGUGUCAUGUGGAAUCACAUCAUCCUGUUUGUGUAUGCGAAGACGGAUUGAUAGGAAAUCCUUUAGUUUGUUGCUUAGAACCUGAAGAGCAAAAAAGUAAUAGCCCUUGUAGUAAAAUACAAUGCGGUAUCAAUGCGAUCUGUCAAGAUGUUGGCAAUAAGGCUUUAUGUUCAUGUCUUCCGGACUUUUCUGGAGAUCCAACCAAGGAAUGUAAACCAGAAUGCCUUAUGAAUUCAGACUGCUCACCUAACGAGGCUUGUAUUAAUCGAAAAUGUACAGAUCCUUGUCUGCAAAGUAACAUCUGUGGAAUAAAUGCAGUUUGUUUAUGUUCAGAUCAUACAGUUUCGUGCUUGUGUCCUGACGGAUAUAUAGGAGAUCCAUUAGUUCAAUGUUUAUACAGGCCCAUAAUUAUUGCACAAGACAAUACGACAGCUCAACCAUGUGCACCAAAUCCGUGUGAUCCCAAUUCUCUUUGUGAUACAUACGGAGAUAAAUUUGCUGUAUGUAAUAUGUGCGUUGGUUCUAACGCCAUCAAUAACCCAGGAUGUAGACCCGAGUGUGUGUUAAAUUCAGACUGUGCAUUUAAUAAAUUCUGUUUAAAAAACAAGUGUGUAGAUCCAUGUCCUGGCUCAUGCGGUGUUAAUGCUGAAUGUACAAUAGUAUAUAAUCAUGAUCCGAUUUGUAAAUGCAAAAACGGUUUUGAAGGAAAUCCAUAUGAGCAUUGUAAAUUUACAACACAACCCGUGCUGACAGAAUCUUGUGACAAUAUUCGCUGUGGAGCCAAUGCUAUUUGCCUAAAUAUGAAUGAAGCUCUGACUUGUAAAUGUUUACCUGGUUUCUUUGGAAAUCCUUAUCUUUCGUGUAGACCUGAAUGUGUCGUUAAUAGUGAUUGUUCCUCAAAACUAGCUUGUAUAAACAAUAAGUGUGAAAAUCCUUGUGAAAAUGUUUGCGGAGUCGGUGCACUUUGUGAAACUGUAAACCAUCAUGCUGUUUGCUAUUGUGCAUCGGGUCAGACUGGUGAUCCUUACAUUCGGUGUCAAAAUAAUCCUGUAACUACACCUACAUUAUCUAUAUGCGACCCAUCACCUUGUGGACCAUAUAGUCGUUGUCUGGUAUCACCAUCUGGUUUUGCAGUCUGCUCCUGUUUACCAGGCUUCCGUGGUGUUCCUCCAAUGUGUCAACCAGAAUGUGUUAGUAAUUCUGACUGCCCACAAAAAGAAACUUGUGUUAACCAAAGAUGUAUCGAUCCAUGUCAUGGAAGUUGUGGCAUAGGUGCUCAUUGCGUUGUAGUUAACCACAAUCCGAUAUGUAGUUGUGGACCGGGAGAAACAGGAGAUCCUUUCACAGUUUGUACAGCAUUUAACGAAAAUGGACCUAAUGAAAAAAAUCCGUGCCUACCAUCACCAUGCGGACCCAAUUCAGUUUGUGAAAUAAAAUCUAAUCAUCCUGUAUGUUCUUGUCAACCAAAUUAUUCUGGAUCACCACCGUAUUGUAGGCCAGAAUGCAUUAUAAGCCAGGAGUGCCCACCAAAUCGAGCUUGCAUAAAUGAAAAAUGCGCUGAUCCAUGUAUAGGAUCCUGUGGUAACAACGCUGUAUGCAACGUGGUAAACCACACUCCAUUAUGUAGCUGCUUAGAAGGAUACAAAGGUGACGCCUUUAUUGGAUGUAUAGCAGUAUCAAAAGAUGAUACUGCUUCCCCCUGCAAUCCAUCGCCUUGUGGUGAAAACACAGUUUGUACUGUAACAAAUAAUGCCGCUAGAUGUUCAUGUAUACCACCUAAUAUUGGUAAUCCUUAUGCUGGCGGUUGUCGACCAGAAUGUACUCUUAAUUCAGAUUGUCCAAAUCAUCUAGCUUGUUUAUCUAACCACUGCCGGGAUCCUUGUAAAGAUUUAUGCGGCGUUAAUGCAGAGUGUAUUGUUACAAACCAUGUUCCUGUUUGCACAUGUUUCAAAGGAUAUGAAGGUGACCCAUUCUCUUCCUGUCGUCGAAUUUAUGCAGUCCCGACACCUAUCAAUCCGUGCGAACCUUCACCUUGUGGCCCCAACAGCGAUUGUCACGUGGUCAGCAAUCGAGCGGCGUGCUCAUGUCGCGCCGGUUAUCUCGGCGUUCCUCCUGCUUGUCGUCCUGAGUGUGCUGUAAACUCAGACUGCCCUACGACAAAGGCUUGCAUAAAUCAAAAAUGCAGAGAUCCUUGCAUUCACAGUUGCGGUGUAGAUGCUCGUUGCCACGUUGUCAGUCAUAAUCCGAUUUGCAUGUGUCCAGAAAAUAUUCCCGAAGGCGAUCCCUUUAUACGCUGUUACAAAAAAAGUAUCAUGCAUCCAGCUCCAGACCCUUGCUUGCCAUCGCCAUGCGGACCGCAUUCAACUUGCCGAAGCGAGACAGGCAGGGCAGUAUGUGCGUGUGAGCCAGGUACUCUAGGCGCUCCUCCUGCCUGUCGACCUCAGUGUCUUAUAAACCAGGAUUGCCCACUUUCUCUUGCUUGCUUGAGUGGCACCUGUGUUAAUCCAUGCGUCGGUUCCUGUGGAUUUAACACCCGUUGUGUGGUACAAAAUCAUCAGCCAAUAUGCUCGUGUGACAAUGGCUUUUCAGGAGACCCGUUCUCCGGUUGCAGUCUCCUCAAAACUCCUAAAGAGGUUUCCCGACAUCCUUGCAACCCAUCACCUUGUGGAUCUAAUGCUAUUUGUAAAGAACGAAAUGGUGCUGGUGCGUGUACUUGCAUUAAUGACUUUUACGGAGAUCCUUAUCUAGGCUGUAGACCUGAGUGUGUUAUGAAUUCAGACUGUUCUAUUGACAGAACAUGUUUUAAUAAUAAAUGUGUAGAUCCUUGCCCGGGUACAUGUGGACAAAACGCAGAAUGUAGAGUCACAAAUCAUGCACCUUCAUGUUAUUGUUUAUCUGGAUAUAAUGGAAAUCCUCUUCAUGCAUGCACUCCUGUUAUAACUCUUCCGGAACCGAUAGAUCCAUGCCACCCUUCGCCCUGUGGCCCUUACAGUAAAUGUCGUACGUUUAAUGAUCACGCGGUUUGUACGUGUCUUGAUAUUUGUGUCGGUUCUCCACCGAAUUGUCGACCUGAAUGUAUUGUCAGUUCCGACUGUCGCCCAAGUAAAGCGUGUAUAAAUAAUAAAUGUCAAGAUCCUUGUCCUGGUACUUGUGGGAUUAACGCUGAAUGUCAAGUUGUGAACCACAAUCCUAUAUGCAGUUGUGGAAGUGAUUAUACUGGCGAUCCGUUUGUAAGGUGUUUUUUAGAAGACAAAAAAAUGACUCCAAUCGAUAACUGUUUACCUAAUCCUUGUGGUCCACAUUCGCAAUGCCGUGAUUUAAAUGGAAUCCCCGUAUGUUCGUGUUUAAAUAAUUAUAUAGGACAACCACCAAAUUGUCGACCAGAAUGCGUAAUGAGUGUUGAAUGCCCAAGUAACUUGGCAUGUAUUUCUGGAAAAUGCAAUGAUCCUUGUCCAGGUUCUUGUGGUUUUCAUGCAAUAUGUAAUGUUGUAAAACAUAUACCUAUAUGUACUUGUGACCGAGGCUAUACGGGUGAUCCAUUCUCUGGAUGUUCAAUUGCUCCUACUAUCGAACCACAUCUUGAAAGUCCAUGCUCUCGAUCUCCUUGUGGGGUAAACGCUGUUUGCAAAGAAAGACAUGGUAUUGGUUCUUGUUCAUGUCUACCUGAAUAUUACGGCGAUCCUUAUAUUGAGUGCCGACCAGAAUGUGUUUUAAAUUCUGACUGUUCAAAAGAUAGAGCUUGUAUAAAUAAUAAAUGCAAAGAUCCAUGUCCUGGAGUUUGUGGUAUGAACGCAGAAUGUCGUGUGAAUAAUCACGCUCCGGCUUGUGCAUGUCUGUUGGGUUAUGAAGGAAACCCAUUCACAUCAUGUUACAUAAGCCCUAUUGAAAAACCUACUGAUCCAUGCUUACCGUCACCUUGUGGACCUUACAGUCAUUGUCACGCUAACUCUGGGCACGCUAUUUGUUCAUGCCAGGAAGAAUAUUUUGGUUCCUCUCCCAAUUGCCGCCCCGAGUGUAUGGUCAGUAGUGAUUGUAUGCCAAACAAAGCAUGCAUAAAUAAAAAGUGCAGUGAUCCGUGUAUUGGAGUGUGCGGUACAAACGCAAAAUGUACAGUCGUCAAUCAUAAUGCUUUAUGUAGUUGCCCUCAGAACUAUAUCGGUGAUCCAUUUGUCAAUUGUGCCUAUGAAAAAAGACCAGAAUCAAAGCCGUCUGGUAAUCCCUGUAUACCCACACCAUGUGGACCAAAUUCGCAAUGUCGAGUGGUAGGAGAGACUCCAGCUUGUUCUUGUAAAUCAGGUUAUAUUGGAAGGGCCCCUAACUGUCGCCCAGAAUGUAUUCAUGAUGAAGAAUGUCCCAGCAAUCUUGCUUGCAUUAGUGAAAAAUGUUUAAGUCCAUGCGAUGGCUCAUGUGGAUCAAAUGCUAAUUGUAUUGUAAUUGCACAUAAAGCAGUUUGUCACUGUCGAGAAAGUUAUACUGGAGAUCCUUUUAGAGGAUGUUAUUUUAUAGUGACAGUACCAAGUGAAGAUGAAACAAAUCCCUGUAAUCCAUCUCCGUGUGGACCAAAUGCGAAAUGUACUGAAAAAUAUAAUGCCGGUGCUUGUACUUGUUUACCGGGAUACUUAGGAGAUCCAUAUCUUGGAUGUCGUCCCGAAUGCGUCACAAACAACGAUUGUCCGUUAGAACAAGCUUGCUCAAACAAUAAAUGUGUAAAUCCUUGUCAAGGGGCAUGUGGAGUACACGCAAUAUGCAAUGUUGCACAUCACAAUCCUAUUUGCUUGUGCAUUGAUGGUUACGACGGCAAUCCUAUAGUAUCCUGUCAUCCUGAAAGACAACCCUCACAGCAAGACCUAAAUCCUUGCGUGCCGUCUCCCUGUGGACCCUAUAGUAAUUGUAAGGAAUUUAAUGGACACGGAGUUUGUUCUUGUCAAGAGGGCUAUGUGGGAUCACCGCCAACAUGCCGGCCUGAAUGCGUUACUAGUACAGACUGUCCGCAGCACCAAGCAUGUAUAAAACAAAAGUGCAAAGAUCCAUGCCCGGGUACCUGUGGAGUUAAUGCUCGAUGUCAAGCUAUAAACCAUAAUCCAAUUUGUACUUGUAAAGCAGGAUUUACUGGUGACCCAUUCGUAGUUUGUCAAUUAGAGCCAAAGCCUAUCUUUAUGGGACCUAAAGGAAAUCCAUGUAUACCAUCACCAUGCGGUCCAUAUUCUCAAUGUAAAGUAGUCGGAGAAGCGCCUGCAUGUUCUUGCUUACCAAAUUUCAUUGGUAUUGCACCCAACUGUAGACCUGAAUGUUCUAUCAAUGCUGAAUGCUCUGGUAAUCUUGCAUGCCAAAAUGAAAAAUGUGUAAAUCCUUGUCCUGGUUCUUGCGGCUUUAACGCCGAAUGUACUGUAGCGAAUCAUGUAGCAUUAUGUAAUUGUUUGCCGGGACACACAGGUGAUCCAUUCAGUGGAUGUUCAUAUAUUGAAUAUACAUCAGAGCCGCCACCGAAUCCAUGCAAUCCAUCACCAUGUGGUGCUAACGCGCUAUGUAAGGAACGAAACGGAGUUGGAUCUUGCUCCUGCUUGCCAGAAUAUUUUGGAGACCCAUAUACAGGCUGUCGCCCAGAAUGUGUUUCUAAUUCCGAUUGUGAUCGCAAUAAAGCCUGUUCUAAUAAUAGAUGUAAAGAUCCGUGUCCGGGAUCUUGUGGAAUGAAUGCCGAAUGUAGAACUGUAAACCACUCACCGACGUGUACCUGUCUUUACGGAUAUUCAGGAAAUCCAUUAACAAAGUGUGAAUUAGAACCUAUCUCAGGUAUAGAUGAAAAACAGCUAGAUCCUUGUCAACCUUCACCAUGCGGACCCAACAGUCUAUGUCGUGCAGUGAAUGGUCAUAGCGUCUGCACGUGUGAUAUUGGUUAUAUCGGAACUCCGCCCUCAUGCAGGCCCGAAUGCAUAGUCAGCUCUGAGUGUCCACAAGAUAAAGCGUGUGUUAAUAAGAAAUGCAUAGAUCCUUGUCCAAACACGUGUGGGCUAAAUGCGCGCUGUCAAGUUGUUACGCAUAAUCCUAUUUGCAGUUGUACAUCAGGAUUUACGGGAGAUCCGUUUACUAAAUGUAGCCCCGAAGAAAGAACAGUGCCAACAAAUCCAUGUGUUCCUUCACCUUGUGGACCAAAUUCUGAGUGCCGCGUUAUUGGAGACCAAGCUGCCUGUUCUUGUCUACCUAACUAUAUAGGCCGAGUUCCCAACUGCAGACCCGAAUGUACAAUUGAUGCAGAAUGUCCAAGUAAUGCUGCUUGUCAAAAUGAGCGUUGUAAAGAUCCUUGUCAAGGGACGUGUGGAUCAAAUACACUUUGUUUAACAGUAAAUCAUAAACCAAUGUGCACAUGUCAACAAGGAUUCACCGGAGAUGCCUUUAUAUCUUGCACGCAACUAAUCAUAUCAUCUACCGAGAUGACACCAACGUCCAGUCCCUGUACCCCCUCCCCUUGCGGGCCUAACGCAGAAUGUCGUGAGUAUAACGGUGCAGGUGCCUGUUUUUGCUCAGAAGGUUACGAAGGUGAUCCAUACGGCUCAAAUGGUUGUCGAAGAGAAUGUGAAAAUAAUGAUGAUUGUGCUUAUAACUUAGCCUGCACACGAUUUAAAUGUAUAGACCCAUGUCCUAGAACGUGUGGUCAAUUAGCUCAAUGCACCGUCGAAAAUCAUGUUCCUAUUUGCUCUUGCCCACUUGGAUUCACUGGAGAUCCAUUCUUCCAAUGUAGAGAAAUAGUUCUAGAACCUACACCAGUACAAAAUCCCUGUGAACCUACACCCUGUGGUCCUAAUAGUCAAUGUAGACAGGUCAACAUGCAAGCUGUUUGUUCUUGUUUACCAAACUAUAUUGGUUCGCCACCAUCAUGCCGACCUCAAUGUGUUGUAAAUAGUGAAUGUGACACAUCGAAAGCUUGUAUCAAUCAAAAAUGUGACGACCCCUGUCCAAAUACUUGUGGCCUCCGAGCUCAUUGCCUUGUAAAAAAUCAUAACCCUAUAUGCACAUGUCCAGCAAGCAUGACAGGAGAUCCAUUUACACAAUGUUACACAAUUCCACCGAAACCCGAGCAACAACCAUCAUGUACACCAUCACCUUGUGGUCCACACUCACGUUGUCAACUAUUAGCUAGUGGACCGGCGUGUUCUUGUUUACCAGGAUACAUAGGGUCCCCACCAUCUUGUAGACCAGAAUGUGCAAUAAAUUCUGAGUGUCCUGCAUCUUUAGCUUGUGUAAGACAAAAGUGUGAAGACCCUUGUCCUGGUUCAUGUGGAGUUGAAGCGAAUUGUCACGUUCUAAAUCAUGUAGCCGUAUGUGUUUGUAAUGAAGGAUAUACUGGAGAUCCAUUCUCUAGGUGUACACAAAUAACUGAAGCUCCUACGACACCAGUUCCAUCAGAUCCUUGCAACCCUUCUCCUUGUGGACCAAAUGCACAGUGUGAUAAUGGUUUUUGCACAUGUUUACCUAAUUAUAGUGGAAAUCCAUAUGAAUCAUGUAGACCAGAAUGUACCGGUAGUCAAGAAUGUCCAAGAGACAAAGCUUGUUUCAGAAAUAAAUGCCUUGAUCCGUGCCCUGGAGUCUGCGGUCAAAAUGCUAAAUGUGAUGUAAUAAACCAUAUACCGAGUUGUUCUUGCAUGACUGAUUAUACUGGUAAUCCAUUUAUACAUUGUCAACCUAUGGAAAAAGAAAAAGCAUUGCCGAAAGAUCCAUGUCACCCAUCUCCAUGCGGACCAAAUAGCAUAUGUAGAACAAAGGAAAACACGGCAGUUUGUGCUUGCAUAGAGGGUUUUACAGGCUCGCCUCCAGCAUGUAGACCAGAAUGUGUCGUCAGUUCUGAAUGUCCUUCAACCAAAGCAUGCGUUAAUCAAAAGUGCAUUAACCCUUGUAUCAAUGCUUGUGGAAUAUCAGCACGUUGCGAAGUUAUAAAUCAUAGUCCUAUUUGUAGUUGUAAUUCAGGUCAAACAGGUGAUCCAUUCAAAAGUUGUUAUGAUAUUGUUGCUAUGCUACCCGACCCAGUAGAUGCUUGUAAUCCUUCACCAUGUGGACCGAAUGCUCUAUGUAUGGAACGAAAUGGCAAAGCUAAUUGUCGAUGCGCAGAUGAUUAUGUUGGGCAACCACCAAAUUGUAGACCAGAAUGUGUCAUUAAUCCUGACUGUCCUUCUAAUCAAGCAUGUAUAAGAAAUAAAUGUAUAGAUCCUUGCCCUGGCUCUUGUGGCGUCAAUGCAGAUUGUAUUAUUGUAAGCCAUACUGUUUCUUGUCUCUGCAAAGACAAAUAUACUGGAAAUCCUUUCUUGCACUGUGUGCCUUUAGAAGAAAAUAUUAUCACACCAUGUGACCCAUCUCCCUGUGGAGCUAAUGCAGUAUGUAGUCAUAGAGAUGGCGCUGGGGCAUGCUCUUGUCUAGAAGGAUACCAAGGAAAUCCAUAUGAAGGUUGUCGACCUGAAUGCGUUCUAAGUUCAGAUUGUUCGGCUGAUAAAGCCUGCAUAAGAAAUAAAUGCUCAGAUCCAUGUCCAGGAAUAUGUGGAACAUUUGCAGAAUGUACAGUCGUGAAUCAUGUUCCAACAUGUGCUUGUGUGAAGGACUAUACAGGAAAUCCAUUUGUACAAUGCGUCAAAAAAGAAAUUAUACAUGACAUAAGACCGUGUCAACCUUCACCUUGUGGGCCAAACAGUAUAUGUAGAGAGAAUGGCGAAUUAGCAUCAUGUGAAUGCCUUCCGGAAUAUAGAGGAGCUCCUCCCGACUGUCGACCCGAAUGUACUGUUAGUAGUGAAUGUCCAUCAGAUCGAGCUUGUCAUAAAUUAAAAUGUGCCGAUCCUUGUAGAGGAACUUGUGGACUAAGUGCACAUUGUCAAGUUGUCAAUCACAGUCCUUUAUGUAGUUGUCCCGCUGGAACAACUGGUGAUCCAUUUACAAUGUGUCGCGAGGUACAAUAUUCAAUAAUUGAAAAAGAAACACCUAUACAACCAUGUCAACCAAGUCCUUGCGGACCGUACAGCGAAUGCCGAUCGUUAAAUGGUAAUCCAUCGUGUUCUUGUGUGAUUGGUUAUAUCGGAGCUCCUCCAAACUGUCGUCCAGAGUGCCUCGUAAAUACUGAUUGUCCAUCACAGCAAGCAUGUAUUGCAGAAAAAUGUAGAAAUCCUUGUGAAGGCUCUUGUGGUUUUAAAGCAGAUUGCCGAGUUCAAGAUCACAUACCAAUCUGCAGUUGUCCAUUGGGUUUCUCUGGUGAUCCAUUUAUUCAGUGCUCAGAAAUAUUAGUAACACCUACUCCGGCAUCAGAUCCAUGUAAUCCAUCACCAUGCGGUAGCAAUGCUGUAUGCGAGGCAGGAGCAUGUUCGUGUGCCAUCGGCUAUUUCGGUGAUCCUUACACGGGAUGUCGACUAGAAUGCUCUACGAAUGGCGAAUGUUCCCCAACUCGUGCUUGUCAAGGUGGAAAAUGUGUGGAUCCGUGUCCAGGUGCUUGUGGUACUGGAGCAACUUGUUCUGUUUACAACCACAUACCAUCAUGCACCUGCCCACCAAAUACAUCAGGAGAUCCAUUCACAUUUUGUACAGAAAUAGUUAAACACGAAAACCCAAAAUCACCAUGCAGUCCAUCACCAUGCGGACCUUACAGCGAAUGUACAGUGAGUGUGAACGGUGCAGCAGCAUGUUCUUGCAGAGCUGGACAUAUUGGUUCUCCACCAUCAUGUCGACCCGAAUGCUUAGUAAGCUCGGAAUGUAAGCUCCAAAUGGCCUGUGUGGACCGCCGAUGCCGCGAUCCGUGUGAAGGUGCAUGUGGACGCGGUGCUCGUUGCCAAGUUAUCGCACACAGUCCUAUCUGUACAUGUAAUGAUGGAUUCACAGGCGAUCCAUUUACUUAUUGCUACCCCUCUCCAGCACCACCAUUGGCUCCGAUUGACCCUUGUGAGCCUUCUCCUUGUGGACCAAACUCCAUAUGCAUUAAAGCUGGAGACAUGCCUGCCUGUAGUUGCCAACCAAACUAUAUUGGGUCUCCACCAAAUUGCCGUCCCGAAUGCACAAUAAGUGCUGAAUGUCCUGCUGUCCUUGCGUGCGUUGGUCAGAAGUGCAAAAAUCCCUGCGUAGAUGCUUGCGGUCCCGGUGCAACAUGCACCGUGGUAGAUCACCGUGCAACUUGUGCUUGUGAAUUGGGUUUCGAAGGUGAUCCUUUCCAAGGUUGUUCGCGAACAAAAGUUCCAUCAAAAUUUGAAUACCUUAAUCCAUGUGAACCAUCGCCUUGCGGUGCAAAUGCUGAUUGUAAAGUACAAGGAAAUGCAGGAUCAUGCACAUGUCUACCGGAUUAUUUUGGUGACCCAUACCAAGGUUGCAGACCUGAAUGCUUAGUCGAUUCUGAUUGUCCUUUGGCCUUAGCAUGUAAUAGAAACAAAUGUGUUGAUCCUUGCCCUGGAGUUUGUGGUUAUAAUGCCGAUUGUUACGUUGCCAAUCAUAAACCUACCUGUAACUGUAAAUAUGGUUACACUGGAAAUCCCUUAUCGAUGUGUACUAUUUUGCGUGAUAACGAUGUAUCAGUGAUUAAUGUUUGCAAUCCAUCGCCUUGUGGACCGAAUGCUGUAUGCAAAGUAUUAAAUAAUCAACCAGUAUGUUCAUGUUUGAACAACUAUAUCGGUGUACCACCAAAUUGUAAACCUGAAUGUAUAGUUAAUUCAGAAUGUAAGUCAAAUAGAGCAUGCGUCAACAAUAGAUGUAUUAAUCCUUGCCCUAAACCAUGCGGUAAACACGCUGACUGUAAAGUUAUAAAUCACAGCCCCGUGUGUUCAUGUCGUCCAGGAUACUCCGGAAAUCCUUUCACAAUGUGUGCACAAAUAAUGCAAGUAUUUGAUACUACCACAUCAUCGGAUCCUUGUAUUCCAUCGCCCUGUGGUCUAUACGCCGAAUGUCGAAAUAAUAAUGGUUUGGCAUCGUGUUCAUGUCUGCCAUCUUACAUGGGUUCACCACCCUUUUGUAAACCUGAAUGUGUCAUACACUCUGAUUGUCAAAGCAACCAAGCAUGCGUAGCAGAAAAAUGUCGAAAUCCCUGUGAAGGUGCAUGUGGAAUUUAUGCAAAUUGCUUUGUUCAUAAUCAUAUACCAGUAUGUUUAUGUUCAGAAGGAUUUACUGGUGACCCAUUCCAUGAAUGUAAACAAACACCACUAGAAGAUCUAGCACAAACGAAACCGAUUGAUCUUUGCAAUCCAAGCCCGUGUGGACCUAAUACAAGAUGUCAAGAUGCUGUCUGUUCCUGCUUAAUAGGUUAUCAUGGCGAUCCAUACCUUGGUUGUCGCCCAGAAUGUGUAUAUAAUUCAGAUUGCCCUCCAGAUAAAGGCUGCCAAAAUAACAAAUGUGUGAAUCCAUGUAUUGGAACUUGCGGGGUAAAUGCCAUUUGCGAUGUGAAUAAUCAUAUUCCUAUGUGCACUUGCUCAAAGGGUAUGAGUGGCAAUGCAUUUGUUGAAUGUCGACCAGUUUCAGUAAUUAACGUCAAUCCAUGUAAUCCAUCACCAUGUGGCCCCAAUAGUCAGUGCCAUCAGUCACACGGUCAAGCGGCUUGUUCGUGCCUACCUGGAUAUCGUAGUAGUCCACCAACAUGUAGACCCGAAUGUGUGGUUAGUCUUGAAUGUUCCUUAAAAGAGGCUUGCCAAAAUCAAAAAUGUGUAGAUCCUUGUAUUGGAGCUUGUGGGGUUGCAGCGGUGUGUGACGUUAUAAAUCAUAAUCCAAUCUGCUCAUGUCCAUCGUCGUUCACGGGUGAUCCAUUUAUAAAGUGCUCAAUAAUUGUGCAAGCAAUAGUGCAAGUUGACCCUUGUGACCCUUCUCCCUGCGGUUCACAUUCAACGUGUAGAAUAAGUGGAGCAGGUCCUGUAUGUGCUUGUUUAACUGGGUAUCGGGGAACACCACCAAACUGUAGACCAGAAUGUAUCAGUAACAGUGAAUGUGACUACAAUUUAGCAUGUUUAAAUAAUAAGUGCGCCGAUCCUUGUGUAGGUAGCUGUGGAACAAAUACGGAAUGUAGAGUAGUAAGUCAUUCACCAAUGUGCAUAUGUCAAAUUGGCUACACUGGUGACCCUUUUUCACAAUGUAACCCUAUAGCUCUUGUGCCGAAUGAAAUUUUGAAUCCGUGCAGCCCAAGUCCAUGUGGCUCGAAUGCUGUAUGUAAAGAGCAAAGAGGUGUAGGUGCUUGCCAAUGCCUAGAGGGAUAUCUUGGAAAUCCAUACGAAGGAUGCCGACCGGAAUGUGUUGUAAACUCUGAUUGUCCUCUAAAUAAGGCUUGUUCCCGUUUGAAAUGUAUCGAUCCAUGCCCUGGUACUUGUGGAACUAAUGCUUUCUGUCAGGUCAAUAACCAUAUGCCAAAUUGUAUAUGUCAAACAAGUUAUACUGGAAAUCCAUUUAAUCAUUGUAACAUAAUACAAGAACCGCAAAUUGUAGAGAGUAACCCGUGCAAUCCAUCACCAUGUGGAGCGAAUAGUCAAUGUAAAGAAAUAAAAAGACAAGCCGUUUGUUCUUGCUUACCUACUUUUGUUGGUUCACCACCAAAUUGUCGCCCAGAAUGUAUUGUAAGUUCCGAAUGUCCACCGAAUUUAGCUUGUAUAGACCAAAAAUGCUCAGAUCCUUGCAUAGGAAGUUGCGGAGAUAAUGCGAAUUGUAAUGUUAUUAAUCAUAGUCCAAUUUGUGUAUGCAAACCUGGAUUGACUGGAAACCCCUUCACUAGAUGUUUCCCGAUUAAAGUGUCACAACCACAAGACUUACCAAAUGCAGACCCUUGCUUGCCUUCACCGUGUGGUCUUUACGCAGAAUGUCGAAAUGUAGGGUCAGUUUCGUGCGCGUGUCAAGCUGGCUAUAUGGGUAAUCCUCCUAAUUGUCGGCCUGAAUGCACAAUUAAUUCAGAGUGUCCCAGUAAUCAAGCCUGUAUCAACGAGAAAUGUCGGGAUCCAUGUUCCGGAGCUUGUGGUCUCAAUGCAAAAUGUUCUGUAUUUAAUCACAUUGCUCAAUGUAGUUGUGUUGAUCAAUAUAAUGGUGAUCCCUUCGUACAGUGUCUUCCAAUUCCAUUAAACGAAGAAGAAGUUGAAUACGAUCUUUGUAAUCCUUCACCGUGUGGAUCUAACACUAAAUGCAAUGAUGGAGAAUGUACCUGUCUACCUGGAUACAUGGGUGAUCCCUAUUUUGGUUGUAGACCAGAAUGUCUAUUAAACACUGAUUGUUCGCAAAAUAAAGCUUGCGUCAAGAACAAAUGCGUGGAUCCUUGCCUUAACACCUGUGGACUAGGAGCAGACUGCAAAAUAUAUAAUCAUAUACCGAUGUGUACUUGUCCACCAGGCUUUUCAGGAAAUGCCUUUCUUGAGUGCAGGAAAAUCAAAAAUUCUGAAGUAAUAAAUCCCUGUAAUCCAUCUCCUUGUGGACCGAAUAGUCAGUGUAGAGAGAUAAACGGACAAGCCAUUUGCACUUGUUUGCCAAAUUAUAAAGGUGCUCCGCCUACUUGUAGACCUGAAUGCGUUACUAGUUCAGAAUGUGCUCUUGAUAGAGCAUGUUCUGGACAACGUUGUAUUGACCCUUGUAAAGGAAACUGUGGACUUAGUGCCAAUUGUCAAGUUAUAAAUCAUAAUCCGAUUUGCUCUUGUCCGCCUGGGCUUACUGGUGAUCCAUUUAAUAGAUGCAUACAGAAAGAUAUAGAACAACAGGUUUAUGUAAAUCCUUGUGAGCCGUCGCCGUGUGGACCGAAUUCCAUUUGCAAAGAAGUAUCAGGUUCACCAUCGUGUGCAUGUCUUGACUCAUAUACAGGAAGUCCACCAAGUUGUCGGCCUGAAUGUAUUGCCAACAGCGAAUGUCCAAAUGAACAAGCUUGUAUUAAUCAAAGAUGCAAAGAUCCUUGCCCGGGAUCCUGUGGAAUUGGUGCGGAGUGUAGGGUACUAAGUCAUGCACCUCAAUGCAUUUGUCCUGCGGGUUACACUGGAGAUGGAUUUAUCGAAUGUAAAGUAAUAGAAGUGUCUCUUACUCCUUGUUUCCCCUCUCCCUGUGGUCCGAAUGCAAUUUGUAAAGAACAAAGAGGAGCGGGAGCUUGUAUAUGUCAGCCAGAAUAUAUUGGUAAUCCAUAUGAAGGUUGUCGCCCCGAAUGUGUUGUUAACUCUGAAUGUCCUCUUAACUUGGCUUGUAUGCAAAAUAAAUGUAUAAACCCUUGUGGAAAUAUUUGUGGGCGUAAUGCCGUAUGUAAUGUAAUUAAUCAUGCUCCUGCGUGCACCUGUUUGGAAGGUCUUAUAGGCAACCCUUAUCAAGAGUGUGUCCAAAAGUCGUUAGAUGCCCCGAAAAAUCUAUGCGAACCUUCGCCAUGUGGCCCAAAUAGUAUUUGCAAGAUACUUAAUGAUCAAGCAAUCUGCACUUGUCAACCAGAGUAUAUAGGAUCUCCACCCAACUGCCGCCCCGAAUGCCUUGUUAGUUCGGAAUGUUCGCAACAACACGCAUGCAUUAAUCAGAAAUGUAAAAACGCUUGCGAUGGCGUCUGUGGAGUUAACACAGAUUGUAAAGUUAUCAACCACAGUCCAAUCUGUACUUGUAAGCCCUUACAUACAGGAGAUCCAUUUAGUCGAUGUUACAGAGUACCCGAGGUCGCUACUGUUAUACUAAAUCCUUGCCUUCCAUCACCCUGUGGACCAUUCUCUCAAUGUCAAAAUGUAAAUGAUUUACCCGCUUGUUCUUGUUUACCUCAAUAUAGUGGAAGUCCACCAAAUUGUCGUCCAGAGUGUGUAAUCAAUACUGAUUGCUCUAAUGACAAAGCGUGUAUAAAUGAGAAAUGCAUUGACCCAUGUCCGGGUUCAUGCGGUGUAAACGCUGAAUGUAGAGUUCAGAGUCAUGUAUCUAUUUGUACUUGCAUCAAAGGCUACAUAGGGGAUCCGUUUACAAGUUGUUCCAUCAAAAGAGAAAUAGAACCAGUGUCUAUCAAUCCAUGCAAUCCGUCACCCUGUGGACCAAAUUCAAUUUGCGACAAUGGCGUUUGUACUUGUAUACCCGAGUAUCACGGUGAUCCAUAUUUUGGUUGCCGUCCCGAGUGCACGAUUAGUUCUGAAUGUCAAUUAAACAAAGCUUGCGUAAGACAACGCUGCAUAAAUCCUUGUGAGAAUACCUGUGGUACCAAUGCGCUUUGUGAAGUUGUCAAUCAUAUGGCUAUGUGUACAUGUCCUGCCUUUUCUACGGGUAACGCUUUUGUUCAAUGUAACCCAAUAAAAGAUACUAUUAAACAAAACCCAUGCCAGUCUAGCCCAUGUGGACCAUUCAGUCAGUGCCGAGAAUUCAACAAUCAAGCAGUAUGCUCUUGUAUGACAGGCUACCGCGGCGCACCUCCUUCCUGUCGUCCAGAAUGCGUUGCAAGCUCCGACUGUCCUUCCGACAAAGCUUGUAGCAACCAAAAAUGUAUAAAUCCAUGUGUAGGUGCCUGUGGCGUUGCAUCGAAAUGUCAAGUAAUUAACCACAACCCAAUAUGUACCUGUUCUGAGGGAAUGACAGGAGAUCCUUUCACAAGAUGCAUAUUUAUACCUAUUUCCGAGCCUUCUGUACCUGUAAAUCCAUGCCAACCCUCACCUUGUGGUCCAAAUUCUAUUUGUCAACCUUCAGAAUCAGAGAUACCAUCUUGUCAAUGUAUGCCCGACUUUCUUGGGUCUCCACCAAAUUGUCGCCCCGAAUGUAUAUCAAAUAAUGAAUGCGCUCCUCAAUUGGCAUGUAUAAACAAAAAAUGCAAAGACCCUUGUAUUCAAGCAUGUGGAACAAAUGCAGAAUGUAGAGUUAUUAGUCAUACUGCAGCGUGUCAUUGCCCCGAUGGCUAUAGUGGAGAUGCUGCUAUACAAUGUACGAUAAAUGCCUUAGUACCUACCGAGUCUUUGUCACCCUGUACACCCUCUCCUUGCGGACCGAAUGCUGAAUGUAAAGAGAGGUCAGGAGCCGGCGCAUGUGUGUGUUUGACGGGUUAUUUUGGUAAUCCUUAUGAAAGUUGCCAACCAGAAUGCGUUGUUAACACGGAUUGUCCUAGCAACAAAGCCUGUACAAGAAAUAAAUGCAUUGAUCCGUGUCCAGGUACAUGCGCUAUCAAUGCUGAUUGCCAAGUAGUAAAUCACUCACCUUUGUGUACGUGUCGUAGUCCAUAUACGGGCGAUCCAUUUAGGCAAUGUAUUUUAAAAGAACGUGAUGAAGAAUCAACUAAUCCAUGCUUACCAUCUCCUUGUGGACCUAAUAGCCAGUGUCGAAUUUCAAAUGGCAUAAGCAUAUGUUCUUGUUUACCUGAAUACCGCGGAUCACCUCCCAAUUGUAGACCAGAAUGUGUGGUUAGCACAGAAUGCCUGCCAGACAAAUCUUGUAAAAACCAAAAAUGUAUAUCACCUUGCCCUGGACCAUGCGGUCAGAACACAGAUUGUCAUGUUAUAAACCAUAGUCCAAUCUGUACGUGCCAAAAUAGAUACACGGGAGAUCCUUUCUCAAACUGUUAUAAAAUAGCAGUUCCAAUUCGAGCACCAAUUGAAAUUGAUCCCUGUCAGCCGUCGCCAUGUGGACCAAACUCUCUAUGUCAAAACCGAAAUGGCAUUCCAUCCUGCUCUUGUCAAGAUAACUUUGAAGGAAGUCCACCAAAUUGCCGCCCAGAAUGCACUAUUAACGAAGACUGUGCUAGCAAUCUUGCCUGUAUAAAUCAAAAGUGUAGAGACCCUUGUCCCGGUUCCUGUGGACUUAAUGCCAAUUGUCAACUUAUGAAUCAUAUUGCAAUAUGCAUUUGUAAUGAAGGGUAUACAGGAAAUGCAUUUAUUCAAUGUAACCCUAUCCAGAAAGUUCAAGACGAUUUAUGUAACCCUUCACCCUGUGGAGCUAACGCAGAAUGUCAUAAUGGCAAGUGCAGUUGCAUUCCAGAAUUCCAAGGAGAUCCGUACGAUAAUUGUAGACCUGAAUGUAUGCAAAGCUCUGACUGCGAACGUGAUAAAUCUUGUAUAAAAAAUAAAUGCUUAGAUCCUUGUCCUGGCACAUGCGCAGUUACCGCAAUAUGUAACGUAAUUAAUCAUAUUCCAAUGUGUAGCUGUCCGCAACAUUCAACAGGCAACGCUUUCUUAGAGUGUCGUCCAUUUACAGAAUCUGCUAUUGUUAAUCCUUGUCAACCUUCUCCUUGUGGCCCGAAUAGUCAGUGCAGAGAAGUAAACGGACAGGCCGUCUGUUCGUGCGCACCAAAUAACAUCGGCGCGCCACCUAGUUGCCGACCUGAAUGCACGAUAAGCGCAGAAUGUCGUCUUGAUCAGGCUUGCAGCAACCAACGUUGUGUUAAUCCUUGUGUUGGUUCAUGUGGUGUUAAUGCUGAAUGCAAAGUUGUAAAUCAUAAUCCGAUUUGUACAUGCCCAUCUAGAUUUACUGGUGAUCCAUUUUCACGCUGUUUCAAUUUACCUGAAAAAUUACCAGAACAUAUAAACGUAUGCACACCUUCGCCUUGUGGUCCUAAUUCGAUAUGUAAAGAAAUAAAUGAAGUUCCUUCGUGUACUUGUCAAGAAGGCUAUCACGGUCAACCGCCUUACUGCAAACCAGAAUGUACUUCUAAUGAAGAAUGUCUAUCACAUUUAUCCUGUGUACGCAUGAAAUGUAUCAACCCAUGCGAAGGUGUAUGUGGCACAAAUGCAGAAUGUAAAGUAGUUAGUCAUUCACCAAUAUGUCUCUGUGCCAUUGGUUACACAGGUGAUCCAUUCUUUAGUUGCACACGAGAAAUUUUACAAAUUGAAGCCAUUACAAAUCCAUGCUCACCUUCACCAUGUGGAGCAAAUGCUGUAUGUAAAGAGAAUAGAAAUGCUGGUUCAUGCAGAUGUAUAGAAGGCUAUAUCGGCAAUCCAUAUGACGGUUGUCGACCAGAGUGUGUUAUUAAUACUGACUGUCCAUCUAAUAAAGCGUGCAUUAAAAAUAAAUGCGCUGACCCCUGUCCUGGUAGCUGUAGCGUGAAUGCUGUGUGCCAAGUGGUUAACCACGUUCCUCUGUGCACAUGUUUAAGUGGUUAUACAGGAGAUCCAUUUAAAUAUUGCGUUUAUCAAGAGCCUGUUCAAGCGACCACCCCAACGGAUCUAUGUUAUCCUUCACCAUGUGGCCCUAACAGUCAAUGUAAAGAGAGCAAUGGUCAAGUAGUAUGCUCUUGUUUAUUAGGAUAUAUGGGAUAUCCACCGAACUGUCGACCUGAGUGUAUAGUGAGCUCCGAAUGUCCACAUGAUAAAGCUUGUGUUAACAACAAGUGUAUCAAUCCCUGCCCAAGGCCUUGUGGUGUUAAUUCUAAUUGCAAAAUGAUAAACCAUAGCCCAAUAUGUUCUUGUAAAACUUCUUACACCGGUGAUCCUUUCACUUUGUGUACACCAAUUGCUUUCAAACCUGUUAUUGAUACAAGGAACCCAUGCAUACCGUCGCCAUGUGGUCCAAAUGCGGAGUGUAGAAAUAUUGGAAAUAAUCCUUCUUGUUCUUGUCUUUUGAACUUUAUUGGAAGUCCACCAAACUGUCGCCCAGAAUGCAGUAUACAUGCAGAUUGCUCUAGUGAUCGUGCUUGUAUAAACUCCAAGUGUCAGGAUCCUUGUCCUGGCUCAUGUGGAAUGUCAGCUACGUGCAGUGUCCUUAAUCACAUACCUAUUUGCACUUGUAUAGAAGGCUAUAUCGGAGACCCAUUUACUAACUGUAGGCCUCAACCGUUGGAAGUGGAACUUGUUACUACGGAUGCUUGUACGAAUAUACGAUGUGGAUCCAACGCUGAAUGUAUCAAUGGGCAGUGCCAAUGUCUAUCAGAAUAUCAUGGUGAUCCAUACUUUAAUUGUAGACCAGAAUGUGUCUUUAGUUCUGACUGCGACGUCCAAAAAGCUUGUUUCCAACAAAAGUGUAUUGACCCGUGUAUUGGCACUUGCGGAGUUAAUGCUCUAUGUCAAGUAGUAAACCAUAUCCCUAUGUGUACAUGUAGUAAUGGUUUUACUGGAAAUGCCUUUGUUAUCUGUAAUCCAAUUAGAGCUCCAGUAUCCGAACAUCCUUGUAGUUCAGCCAUUUGUGGACAGAAUAGCCAGUGUCGCGAAAUAAAUAAUCAAGCUGUAUGUUCUUGUUUACCAACCUACUUGGGUGUGCCACCUGCUUGUCGACCGGAAUGUGUAGGAAAUGCCGAAUGUUCACAAAAUAAAGCCUGCAUCCAACAAAAGUGUGUUAAUCCAUGCAUUGGUUCUUGUGGUAUAAGAACAACAUGUGAAGUUAUUAAUCACAAUCCUGUCUGCGCUUGUCCUAGUGGAUUCUCGGGUGAUCCUUUCGUAGAAUGCUCCUAUAUAUCAAAUGUAGUACCGGUUACAUUAAACCCUUGCUUGCCUUCACCUUGCGGCCCUAAUUCAAUUUGCCAAGAAGUAAACGGAAACCCCUCAUGCAGCUGUAUGCCAGAAUUUAAGGGCCAACCGCCGUAUUGCAAACCUGAAUGUGUUAGCAAUAGUGAAUGCUCACCGCAUUUGGCAUGUUUAAAUCAAAAAUGUAAAGACCCCUGCCUAAAUGCUUGCGGUACGAACGCUGAAUGUCGCGUAGUCAGUCAUUCUGCUAUGUGCGUUUGUUCACAAGGAUUCGAAGGCGAUCCAUUUACACAAUGCUCUAUAAAAACGGCCAUUGAAAUACUCACGCCAUGUUCUCCAUCGCCCUGCGGAUCUAAUGCAAUUUGCAAGGAGCAAAAUAAUGUAGGUUCGUGUAUGUGUAACGAAGGCUAUUUUGGGAAUCCGUACGAAAGCUGUCGUCCAGAAUGUGUCUCAAACUCCGACUGUCCAGGAAAUAGAGCAUGUAUCAAUAACAAAUGUCAAGAUCCUUGUCCUGGGACUUGUGGAGUGAACGCUGAAUGUACGACAGUAAACCAUUCACCUACUUGUCUUUGCAUUUCUGGUUACACAGGCGAUGCUUUCCGAAGGUGUACAUUUAUACCAUUGCAAGAUACAACUCCAGUAAGUGUUUGCUAUCCAAGUCCCUGUGGUCCCAACAGCCAAUGUAAACUUAUUAACAAUCAAGCGGUAUGCAGUUGCUUACCGAACUUUAUGGGUGAACCACCAACUUGCAAACCUGAGUGCCUACUCAAUUCCGAUUGUGCCUCAGAUAAAGCAUGCAUAAACCAGAAAUGUAUAAACCCCUGCCCGGGUCCCUGCGGUCUGAAGGCUGAUUGUCGAGUGAUUCACCAUAAUCCAAUUUGCAGUUGUCUAUCUGGAUACACAGGAGAUCCAUUUUCAAGAUGCUAUAUUCAACCGGUACGGCAACCUCAGUUGGAUGACGUAAGAGAUCCAUGUGUACCUUCGCCCUGUGGCCUUAACGCUAUUUGUCGCAAUGUAGGAGGGCAAGCAAGUUGCUCUUGCUCGUUAAGUUACUUUGGUAGCCCACCUAAUUGUAAGCCAGAAUGUACUACUAACCAAGAUUGUGUCAGUUCCUUGGUAUGCACUAAUGAGAAGUGCAUUGACCCUUGUCUUGGUUCAUGUGGUAAAAAUGCAAGAUGUUUCGUAAUAAAUCAUGUAGCAAUUUGUACAUGCCUUGAGGGCUAUAACGGUGACCCAUUUUCUGCUUGCAAAAUUGAGCCAUUCCAAGAUGAAAAGAUUGAUCCCUGUAAUCCAUCUCCAUGUGGAUCUAAUGCGGAAUGUAAUAAUGGAGAAUGUUCAUGUCUACCAGAAUAUCACGGUGACCCUUACAUUGGAUGUCGACCAGAGUGUACAAUCAGUACAGAUUGUGCGAAAAAUCUAAUUUGUAACUCUAAAAAAUGUUAUAACCCAUGUCCAGAUAUAUGCGGUACCAAUGCUUUAUGUGAAGUAGUAAAUCAUAUUCCUAUGUGCAGCUGCCCUGCCGGAUUUACUGGCAAUUCUUUUGUUUCUUGCAAUGUAGUCCAAGUUACUAUGCCUUCAAAUCCAUGCAAUCCCAGUCCAUGCGGGCCAAAUAGCCAAUGUCGUGAAGUAAAUAAUGUCCCAGUUUGUUCUUGUAUACGGGGAUAUAUCGGAAAUCCACCAACUUGCAGACCUGAGUGCACAACUAGCUCGGAAUGUCCAUUAAACAAGGCUUGUACCAAUCACAAAUGCUUGAACCCAUGUAAUGGAGCAUGUGGAAUUAAAGCGCUAUGUGAAGUUGUUAGUCAUAAUCCUAUUUGUUCGUGUCCUACUGGAUUCACUGGAGAUCCCUUUAGUAGAUGUAUUAUAAAAUCCGUUGAAGCACCACCGCAAAUAAACCCGUGCGUUCCUUCACCUUGUGGGCCCAAUUCCGUUUGUCGAACAAUAAAUGAUACACCGUCUUGCUCUUGUAUGUUAGAGUUUAUGGGAACUCCACCAAAUUGUCGCCCAGAAUGCACAAGUAAUAGUGAAUGCUCCAAUCAUCUGGCUUGUAUUAACAACAAAUGUAAUGAUCCUUGUGUAGGCGCGUGUGGCUCAUUAGCGCAAUGUAAAGUUGUCAGCCAUACUCCAAAUUGCUUAUGCCCACAAGGAUAUACAGGAGAUCCAUUUGUUGUCUGUCAAAUACAAAGUAUCCAGAUUCUUGAAAAACCGUCUCCGUGUACCCCAUCGCCUUGUGGUAGCAAUGCUAUAUGCAAAGAACGCAAUAACAUCGGCUCUUGUGUUUGUUCUCCCGGUUACUUUGGAAAUCCAUAUGAAGGAUGUCGACCUGAGUGUACUGUCAAUACGGAUUGUCCGUCUAACAAAGUAUGUCAACAAAAUAAAUGCCAAGAUCCUUGCCCAGGAACGUGUGCCGUGAAUGCAGAUUGUCAAACAGUAAACCAUGCACCUUUAUGUACUUGUUAUCCUGGCUAUACCGGAAACCCGUUUCAAAAUUGUUUCUUGAGACAAGAAAUUGAAAUCGAUUCUGAUCCUUGCAAACCAUCUCCAUGUGGACCAAACAGCAUUUGUAAAAUACGUAACCAACAAGCUAUAUGCAGCUGUAUGCCAGAGUACAGAGGCACUCCACCAAAUUGCAGACCCGAAUGUAUAAUCAGCAGCGAGUGUCCCUCUGAUAAAGCAUGUGUAGCUCAAAAGUGUAUUAAUCCUUGUUCUGGUCAAUGUGGGCAAAAGGCAAAUUGCUUAGUAAUUAAUCAUAGCCCUAUUUGUACAUGUAUGGAACACUUCACAGGCGACCCUUUUAGUCGAUGUUAUCCUAUUAAAGCUUAUAUUCCUGAAGUGCAACGUAAUCCUUGCUUACCUUCACCAUGUGGUCCAUUUAGCGAAUGUAAAGAACACAAUGGCAUUCCAUCUUGUACAUGUUUGGAAAAUUAUUUCGGAGCACCGCCGAACUGUAGGCCAGAAUGUGUCAUUAACGCGGACUGUUCGAGUAGUUUAGCCUGCAUAAAUCAUAAAUGUAAAGAUCCUUGUCCAGGAUCUUGUGGUAUUAAUGCUCAAUGCUUUGUGAAAAACCACACACCUAUUUGUAAAUGCCUAGAAAGUUAUGUGGGAGAUGCAUUUAUUGAAUGUAAGCUACAAGUUGCAGAUGUGACUAGCGAUGUUGAAAAUGAUCCUUGUGUUCCAUCUCCCUGUGGGUCAAAUGCAGAAUGUAAUAACGGCAUUUGUUCCUGUCUGCCUGAGUUUCAAGGAGACCCGUACUUUGAAUGCCGUCCUGAAUGCAUACUUAGUUCAGAUUGCACGCAAGACAAAGCUUGCUAUAAAAAUAAAUGUGUUAACCCUUGCAACAGUGGUGUAUGUGCAAGUAAUGGAAUUUGUGAAGUGAUAAAUCACGUACCAAUGUGUAGAUGCCCCGAAAAUAUGUCUGGCAACGCUUUCAUCCACUGUACUAUCCUACAAGUUGAAAUACCGCAGCCAUGUCAUCCAAGCCCUUGUGGACCAAACAGUCAAUGUCGUGAUAUAAACGGACAAGCAGUUUGUACAUGUUUGGUUGGAUAUAUUGGAAGCCCACCAUCCUGCAGACCAGAAUGUAUCGUUAGCACAGACUGUUUGCCAGAUGAGGCUUGUUCUAAUAGAAAAUGUAUCAAACCCUGUCAAGGAGCUUGCGGUAUUAAUGCUAAAUGUCAAGUUAUAAAUCACAAUCCUAUUUGUUCUUGUCCGUCAUCAUAUACGGGUGAUCCGUUUAUGAGAUGUAUUUAUCAAGAAGUAAUACCUGAAAUAAUCAACGCUUGUAUUCCUUCACCAUGUGGACCAAAUUCUAUUUGUAAAGAAGCUUUGGGCACACCAACCUGCUCGUGUAAGCCAGGAUACUUUGGUGCGCCGCCAUACUGUAAACCAGAAUGUAUCAGUAAUUCUGAGUGCCCAACACACCGAGCUUGUAUUAACGAAAAAUGUGUUAACCCAUGUGAAAAUUCUUGUGGAGCUAACGCAGAAUGUCAUGUUAUAAGUCACUCGCCAUCAUGUUCAUGCCCAGCAGAUUAUACCGGCAAUCCAUUUGUAGAAUGUCACAGAACAGAAACUGUACAAGAGAUAACAUCGCCCUGCCUACCAUCUCCUUGUGGAGCUAAUGCUUUAUGUAAAGAAUUUAAUGGUGCCGGAUCUUGUACUUGCUUACCAGACUUUUUGGGUAAUCCGUAUGAUGGUUGCAGACCCGAAUGUUUGAUAAAUUCCGAUUGUCCUACGCACAAAGCAUGUAUAGUGAAUAAGUGCCAAGAUCCUUGUCCAGGAGCUUGUGCACCAAAUGCUAUUUGUCAAGUGAUAAACCAUGUUCCUUCAUGUUCUUGUAACACAGGCUUUACAGGAGAUCCAUUCAGAUACUGUGUACAAAAACAAACUAUUGAAGAUGCAGUCGACGUAUGCCAACCAUCUCCAUGUGGACCUAAUAGUCGUUGCCAAGAAGUAAAUAAGCAAGCCGUUUGUUCAUGUAUGCCAAAUUAUAUAGGAUCACCACCUGGUUGUCGUCCCGAGUGUACCAUAAGUACAGAGUGUUCCACAGAUAAAGCUUGUUUGAACCAAAAAUGUAGCGAUCCAUGUGUUGAUGUUUGUGGCAUAAAUACAGAAUGCAGAGUUAUUAAUCAUAGUCCCAUCUGUAACUGCAAAGCUCUUUACACUGGCGAUCCAUUUACAAGAUGUAAUCCUCUACCGCCUCCAAUAGCAAAUGCUGUUUUGGAACCAUACAAAAACCCUUGUGUUCCGUCACCUUGUGGACCUAAUUCGGUUUGCCAAGAAAACAGAAAUAUACCUUCGUGUACAUGUAUGCCUAAUUUUGUUGGAAGUCCGCCUAAUUGCAGACCAGAAUGUGUCGUUAAUUCAGAAUGUUUGCCGUCACAAGCUUGCAUUCAACAAAAAUGUCAAAAUCCUUGUGAAGGUUCUUGUGGAAUAGGAGCACUUUGCACAGUUUCAAGACAUGUACCAAUUUGUACAUGCCCUGAAGGUUACACAGGGGAUGCUUUCAACGUGUGUACUCCCAAACCUCAGCCAGAUUUUGAUAUAAUCGACAAAUGUAAUCCAUCACCCUGUGGAACAAAUGCUGUAUGUAAUGAUGGUGACUGUUACUGCAUAGAGGAAAAUCAGGGAGAUCCAUACAUCGGAUGCCGACCAGAAUGUGUUCUUAGUAGUGAUUGCCCACGAGACAAAGCUUGUGUGAAAAAUAAAUGUACAGAUCCAUGUCCUGGGGCAUGUUCCGCUUCAGCUGUAUGCACUGUCGUGAACCAUAUUCCCAUGUGUAGUUGUUCGCAAGGAAUGACAGGCAAUGCUUUCUACGGUUGCGAACCAAUCAGAGCUCCAAUAACCAGCAACCCAUGCACGCCAACACCAUGCGGACCAAACAGUCAAUGUCGUGAAAUUAAUGGACAAGCUGUUUGCACGUGCAUUUCCAGCUACAUAGGUAGUCCACCGUUGUGUCGACCAGAAUGUGUCGUUAGCUCAGAUUGUACACCAAAUAUGGCGUGUAGUAAUCAGAAAUGUAUUAAUCCAUGUAAGGGUUCUUGCGGAGUGGAAGCAAAAUGUGUUGUAGUAAAACAUAAUCCUAUCUGUACUUGUCCGCCCAAAUAUACCGGGGAUCCUUUUGUUAGAUGUGUACGAUUUAAUCCUGUAAUUGCUGAUACAUUACCAUGUACACCAUCGCCGUGUGGUGCUAAUUCUAUAUGCAAAGAAGUAUCUGGUGCGCCCUCAUGUGCUUGUAUGCCAAAUUUCUUUGGCUCACCACCAUAUUGUAGACCCGAGUGUUCUAGUAACAGUGAAUGCCCAACUAAUCAAGCGUGUAUCAAUCAGAAAUGCAAAGAUCCCUGUAUCAAUACCUGUGGUCAAAAUGCUAAUUGCAAGGUUGUCAGUCAUACACCGAUGUGCUUCUGUGAUGACGGAUAUGAAGGAGAUCCAUUUUCAAACUGCCAACUUCAAAAACACCAAGACCCUGAAAGAACAUCUCCUUGUGACCCUUCUCCGUGCGGUGCAAACGCCAUUUGUAAGGAACAUAACUCAGCAGGUUCUUGUACAUGUUUGGCUGAUUAUAUUGGAAACCCCUAUGAAGGUUGUCGUCCUGAAUGUUCAGUAAAUACAGAUUGCACGCCAAACAAAAGCUGUAUUCGAAAUAAAUGUCAAGAUCCUUGCCCAGGUACAUGUGGCCCAAUGGCUAUCUGUACAACUGUAAAUCACUUACCAGUCUGUACUUGUCCUCCUGGUUACACCGGAGAACCAUACCAAAGAUGCGUUAUUAUGAAAGAAUUAAGCUCAGAACCUCUUACACCAUGCCUUCCCAAUCCAUGUGGAUCAAAUAGUGUAUGUCAAUCAAUUAAUGGUCAAAGUGCAUGUUCAUGUAUGCCUAAUUAUUUUGGCACCCCUCCUGGAUGUCGGCCAGAAUGCACAGUCAGUUCGGAAUGUCCGAGUAAUAAAGCUUGUAUUAAUUUAAAGUGCACAAACCCAUGUCCUAGUCAUUGUGGAAUAAACUCAGACUGCAAAGUCUUUACCCAUAGCCCUGUAUGCUCAUGUAAACCUGGUUAUACAGGGGAUCCGUUCACUCGAUGCUAUCAACAACCUCAAGUAUUCUUUGACACACCUAAAGAACCUUGUUUGCCUAAUCCGUGCGGAGAUAACGCCAUUUGCAGAGAUAUAAAUGGCAUACCAUCAUGUUCUUGUAUGUCGAACUUCAAAGGACUACCUCCCAAUUGCCGCCCCGAAUGUGCCAUUAAUCAAGAUUGUCCAUCAAACAUGGCAUGUAUGAACAUGAAAUGUCGCGAUCCAUGUCCUGGCAGUUGUGGUCAAAAUGCAGUAUGUACUGUAUUUAACCAUUUCCCAGCAUGCACGUGCGCACAAAGCUUUUCUGGAGAUCCUUUCACUAGAUGCACUUUAAUUCCGCCAGUACAAGAUAUUAUUAUUCAAGAUCCUUGUAAUCCAUCUCCAUGUGGAUUUAAUGCCGAAUGUAACAAUGGAAUAUGCACUUGUUUAAUUGAUUAUUAUGGAGACCCUUACAUAGGUUGCAAGCCUGAAUGUGUAACAAAUAUGGACUGUUCACCAGACAAAGUAUGCUCUAGUAAUAAAUGUAUGAACCCUUGCCCUCAAGCUUGUGCUCCAACUGCAGAAUGUAAUGUUUACAAUCAUAUUCCGAUUUGCACAUGUCCACAAGGAAUGACUGGUAAUGCUUUUAGAGAGUGUUACAAAGUUGAAAUUACUCAUGUGAAUCCUUGUAAUCCUAGUCCAUGCGGACCAAAUAGCCAGUGUCGAACAGUUAAUAACCAAGCUAUUUGCUCAUGUUUACCAAACUUCAUCGGUAGUCCACCAUCUUGCCGACCAGAAUGCACAAUUAGUGCCGAAUGUCCUCGCGAUGAAGCCUGCAAUAAUCAAAAAUGUAUAAAUCCUUGCAAAGGUAGCUGCGGUUAUGGAGCAAGGUGUGAAGUCAUUAAUCAUAAUCCUAUUUGCUCAUGCCCUGCUCAAUAUACGGGCGACCCAUUCACGAACUGCAUCCCGAUAGUAUCAGCUCCAUUGGGUCCGACAGAUCCUUGUACCCCAUCUCCUUGUGGACCUUACUCAGUUUGCAAAGUAAUUGGAGAGUCUCCAUCGUGCUCUUGUCAAGUCAAUUAUAUAGGAGCUCCACCGGCCUGUCGUCCUGAGUGUAUAAGUAAUUCUGAGUGUCCAACCAAUCAGGCUUGCAUAAACCAAAAAUGUAAAGACCCUUGCCCUGAAACAUGCGGAUACAAUGCUGAUUGCAAAGUUGUCAGUCACGCAUUAAUCUGUUCGUGUCCUUAUGGUCAGACUGGUGACCCGCUAAGCUCUUGUUAUCCUGUCAAAGAUUCUGUUAUUGAAUAUAGUUCUCCGUGUGAACCCUCUCCUUGCGGUCUUAAUGCGGAAUGCUCAGAAAGAAACGGUGCUGGUGCGUGUACAUGUCUCGAAGAUUUUACUGGUAACCCAUAUGAAGGUUGUCGACCAGAGUGUGUUAUAAACACUGACUGUAGCCCCACAUUGGCCUGUAUUCAAAAUAAAUGUAAAGAUCCUUGUCCUGGUAUCUGUGCACCAAAUGGAAUAUGUCAAGUUGUAAAUCAUUUGCCGUCAUGUCAUUGUCCAACGGGUCUAACAGGAGAUGCUUAUUCAUACUGUAUAGACAAAGUCGAAGAUUUUGUCAAAGUUACGCCUUGUAUUCCGUCACCCUGCGGUCCCAAUAGUCAGUGCCGUGAGGUUAACUCUCAGGCAGUUUGCAGUUGUAGCGACACAUAUAUGGGAAUUCCACCAAAUUGUCGACCUGAAUGCACAAUCAACAGCGAAUGUGGAAGUGAUAAAGCAUGUGUUAAUCGAAAAUGCGUUGAUCCCUGUGUAGGCCAAUGCGGUCGAAACGCUAAUUGCAGAGUUAUCGCGCAUAACCCUAUGUGUUCUUGUCAAGAACAUUUCACUGGAGAUCCGUUCUCAUAUUGCAUGCCUUAUCCUACGUCGAUUUUACCACCUCAAAAUAAUAUCAACCCCUGCUUGCCAUCGCCUUGUGGUGCAAAUGCACUGUGUGAGGAUCGCAACGGUAUACCUCGCUGCAGCUGCCUUCCGAACUACAUGGGUACGCCACCACGUUGCAGACCCGAGUGCACAGUCAAUUCAGAGUGCAAUGCCAAUAAAGCAUGCAUAAACAAUCACUGUGUCGACCCUUGUCCGGGUGCAUGUGGAAUGAAUGCUCAGUGCAUUGUUAACAAUCAUCUACCCAUUUGUUCUUGCUUACCAAGUUACACCGGCAAUCCAUUUACAAGUUGCAAUUUUGAAUUGAAUGACGUCCAAACGAGUAAUCCAUGUUCUCCUUCACCUUGCGGAACUAACGCCGUCUGCAAUGAAGGUGUUUGCUCCUGUUUGCCGGAGUUCUUUGGAGAUCCUUACUUUGGAUGUAAACCUGAAUGUGUUUUGAAUUCUGAUUGUCAACGUACCAAAGCUUGUAUAAGAAAUAAAUGUAAAGACCCGUGCAUUGGAACAUGCGGAAGUGGUGCUUCUUGUGAAGUUAUUAAUCAUAUACCAAUUUGCUCUUGUCCUUCUGGAACAUCAGGCGAUCCUUUCAACUAUUGUAAUGAAAUGAUAGAACCUGUGUCUACAAAUUUGUGUCAACCUUCACCAUGUGGACCUUAUAGUCAGUGUCGAGAAGUAAAUGGACAUGCCGUAUGUGUUUGCGUUCAAGGAUAUGUUGGUAGUCCUCCGAACUGUCGUCCAGAAUGUACAGUGAGCUCGGACUGUCACUUAAAUCAAGCUUGUUCUAACCAAAAAUGUAUAGACCCUUGUCCUGGAGCAUGUGGACGCAACACUCAAUGUAUCGUUGUCAAACACAACCCAAUUUGUACUUGCUUGUCUGGAUUUUCGGGAGAUCCAUUUUCAGUUUGUCAAGUUAUUCCUUUACUGCCACCAGUUAAAAUUAAUCCGUGUUUGCCUUCACCUUGUGGACCUAACUCACUUUGUACAGAAAAUGAAAAUAGAGCAGAUUGUAAAUGUUUGCCUGAAUUUAUCGGUUUCCCGCCAAAUUGUCGACCUGAAUGCACUAGUAAUACUGAUUGUGAUACUAGUAAAGCUUGUAUCAAUAAAAAAUGCCGCGAUCCUUGUCCUGGCUCAUGCGGCAUCAACGCAGAGUGCAGAGUUGUAAGCCAUACACCAAGCUGCUUAUGUGAAAAUGGUUACACUGGGGAUCCCUUCGUAUUUUGCUCAAUGAAAGUCGCGCAAAUUAAUGAAGAAAGGCCAACACCGUGUGUUCCAUCUCCUUGUGGCGCUAAUGCUAUAUGCAUAGAACGGAAUGAUAUUGGAUCUUGCACAUGCAUAUCAGGCUAUUUUGGCGAUCCUUAUGUCGCAUGUAAACCGGAAUGCUUAUUAAACUCAGAUUGUCCAUCUAAUCAAGCCUGUCACCUGAAUAAAUGUCACGACCCUUGUCCCGGAUCAUGUGGUGUGAAUGCAUUGUGUAAUGUUGUUAAUCAUAUACCUAGUUGUAGCUGUCCAGAUCAACACUAUGGAGAUCCAUACAAAAUUUGCUUAUUUAAACCACAAAUGGAAAAAAUUGACCUCUGUAAUCCAUCCCCAUGUGGACCAAACAGUCUAUGUAAAGAUCAGAACGGCAUAGCUAUCUGUACGUGUUUAAAUGGAUACCUUGGAUCUCCGCCCGACUGCCGCCCAGAAUGCAUUACAAACUCGGAAUGUCCUCUUGACAAAGCAUGCGAAAACUUGAAGUGUAUAUCUCCUUGUCCCAAAGGAUGUGGAAUUAAUGUUGACUGCCGGGCAAUAAAACAUAAUCCUAUUUGCUCUUGUAAAGAAGGAUAUACGGGAAAUCCAUUUUCAAUAUGUCAUAAAAUAAUUAAAGUUGAAACUACAUUGAUGGAACCAGUAAAUCCUUGUGUGCCUUCCCCGUGUGGACUUAACUCCGAGUGUAGAGAUACAGGUGGAAUACCUUCUUGUAUAUGCCUCGCAGGUUACAUUGGAAGUCCACCUAAUUGUAAACCCGAAUGUGUUCUAAACACUGAUUGUAGUAACGACAAAGCUUGUAUUAAUAUGAAAUGUGUCGACCCAUGUCUAGGAUCAUGUGGUAUAACAGCCGUUUGUAACGUUGUGAAACACGUCCCCGUUUGCUCAUGUCCCGUUGGCUAUGAUGGUGAUCCAUUUGUAGCUUGCAAUAUUAAAGCACCAGAACCAGUCCAAAACAUCGAUCCAUGUAAUCCAUCACCGUGUGGUCCAAACGCCGUUUGUCGUAACAACGGAGAAUGCAGUUGUUUGCCAGAAUAUCACGGCGACCCAUACUUCAGCUGCCGCCCCGAGUGCGUACUCAGCACAGAUUGCCCUCUCACUCAAACGUGUUUACGUAACAAGUGUGUUGAUCCUUGUCGCGACAUGUGCGGAAUCAAUGCUGAAUGUCAUGUGUAUAACCACGUGGCUGUAUGUAGUUGUUCAAGUGGAAUGUCUGGAAAUGCUUUUUACGAAUGCAAUGAUAUAAAAAUACCUGUUACCAAACCCUGUGAACCGUCUCCAUGCGGGCCGAACAGUAUAUGCAGAGAAACAAACGGUCAAGCAGUUUGUUCUUGUAUUCAAGGAUUCGUAGGUAAUCCACCUAGUUGCAGACCUGAGUGUAUUCAAAGCACUGAUUGUUCUCCAUCGUUGGCUUGUAUUAAUAGAAAAUGUCAAGAUCCAUGUCCAGGGUCGUGUGCUUCCAACGCUAUAUGCAACGUAAACAAUCACAAUCCCAUAUGCUCUUGUCCACCAAGAUAUACAGGAUCUCCUUUCACGCACUGCUACGUACAACCUGUUGAAGAACUACCUAGUAAUCCAUGUGCCUCUUCGCCUUGUGGACCGAAUAGCAUAUGUAAAGCGUCACUUACUGGUGAUUCAUAUAUUUGCUCGUGUCAACCUACAUUUGAAGGAAACCCACCAAAUUGUAAACGAGAAUGCAUGAGUAAUGAAGAUUGCCAAACUGAUAAGACUUGCAUUAAUUACAAGUGCAAAGAUCCUUGCCCUGAAUCAUGUGGAAUCAAUACCGUAUGUAGAGUGAGACUUCAUACCGUCAUGUGUUCUUGUCAAGAUGGUUAUUCAGGAGAUCCAUUUUUAUCAUGCUAUGAAGUACCACAAAUAUCAAUAUCACAAGACCCAUGCAAUCCAACUCCUUGUGGAGUUAAUGCUCGCUGUAGAGUUACUAAAAAUAAUGCUGCCAUUUGUGCUUGCGAACCUGGAUAUUUUGGAAAUCCCUAUGAGACUUGCAGACCCGAAUGUGUUACCAACACUGACUGCCCUUUCAAUAAGGCUUGUCUUAAUAACAAAUGUGAAGACCCAUGUCCAGGUGUAUGCGGAACAACUGCUGUUUGCGAAGUCAUAAACCACUUGCCAUCAUGCAAAUGCUCUUCUGGGUACACUGGAAAUCCGUACGCAUAUUGUCAUAUUAUUAUCAAUGAACCGGAACCUGUGCCACAAAAUCCUUGCAUACCAAACCCUUGUGGAAGCAACAGCAUUUGUAAAGAUAAUAACGGUGUAGCUUCUUGCACUUGUAUAGCGAAUUAUAUUGGAGCACCGCCUAGUUGUCGUCCUGAGUGUACGGUCAAUUCAGAGUGCGAAAAAUCAAAGAGCUGUAUAAACCAAAAAUGUAUUGAUCCAUGCAUAGGUGUAUGCGGACAAAAUGCUCAAUGUAAAGUAAUUAAUCAUGCACCAAUUUGUUCAUGUCGCGAAAACUAUGAAGGGGAUCCAUUCACCAGAUGCAUUUUAAUAGAAAAAACUCCACUUGCCGAUCAAAAUCCUUGUUCACCUUCUCCUUGUGGUUUGAAUUCAAUCUGCCAGACUAUUAAUAAGAUACCAAUGUGCACAUGUAUAGACAAUUUUAUUGGAGUUCCACCAAACUGUAGAGCAGAAUGCACUGUUAACUCUGACUGUCCAUCAAGCAAAGCUUGCAUCAACCGCAAAUGUAAAGAUCCUUGUGUUGGUUCUUGUGGACUACAAACCGUAUGUCAAGUCCAUCAGCACUCUGCUAUUUGCAGUUGUAUAGAAGGAUAUACAGGAAAUCCAUUUGAAAGUUGUCACGUUACAGAAAUUAUAGAACAUUCACCUGCUCUAUAUGACAAAUGUAAUCCUAGUCCUUGUGGAGCGAACGCGGAUUGUAACGACGGACUUUGUACUUGUAGAAAGAACUUCUUUGGCAAUCCUUACUUGAGUUGCCGACCCGAGUGUACUCAUAAUUCAGACUGUGCAUCAAAUCUAGCAUGUUUAAAUAAUAAAUGUAUGAAUCCAUGUACAAACCUAUGUGGGAAUAAUGCUAUCUGCGAUGUGUAUAAUCAUAUUCCUUUGUGUAGUUGCCCACCAAAUACCAUCGGAAAUGCAUUCUUUUCGUGUAUAACAAACAAAGUUGAGCAACAAAAGAAAAAUCCUUGUGUUCCGUCUCCUUGCGGUCCUAACAGUCAGUGUCGAAUUAUGCAGGAACAAGCAGUUUGCUCAUGUAUUUUAGGCUAUAUUGGAAUACCUCCAUCUUGUCGUCCUGAAUGUUUAGUUGAUUCAGACUGCUCAAGCGUUUUAUCAUGCUCUAAUCAAAAAUGCGUGGACCCUUGUCGCGGAUCAUGCGGUGUUAAUGCGGAAUGUAAGAUUCAUAAUCACAAUCCUAUUUGUUAUUGCCCAAGUGGAUUUACUGGCAAUCCAUUUACGAAUUGUUUGGAAAUAACAUAUAAUAAUCCCCCAAUAAGAACACCAUGUACGCCUUCACCAUGCGGACCUAACUCACAGUGUCGACAAGUCGGCGAGACGCCCUCUUGCACAUGCUUAAAUGGCUAUAUUGGAAGUCCUCCAUUUUGCCGUCCAGAGUGUAUCACAAACAGUGAAUGUAGUUUUGAUAAAUCUUGUAUUAAUAAUAAAUGCGUCGAUCCGUGCGUAGGUGCUUGUGGACAAAAUGCGAUUUGUCGAGUUGUCAGUCAUUCACCACUGUGCUCGUGUCAAUCCGGCUAUGAAGGAGACGCAUUUGAUCUAUGCAGUCCGAUAAAAGUAUCAAUACAAAGGCCACCUGAACAAAUUAAGCCAUGUUCGCCUAAUCCAUGCGGCCCGAACGCUUUAUGUCAGGAAAGAAAUAAUGCUGCUAGUUGCAUGUGCAUAAGUGGCUUCUUUGGUAACCCGUACGAAGGAUGCCGACCCGAAUGCCUACUGAACUCUGAUUGUUCACGAAAUUUGGCAUGCCUCAAUAAUAAAUGCCAGGACCCAUGUUUAGGUUUUUGUGGAAUCGAUUCUGAAUGUCAAACAGUUAACCAUAUGCCCAAAUGUAAUUGUAUUGUUGGUUAUAUUGGCAAUCCAUAUGAUCGCUGUACUCUAAAAGAAGAUAAACCAACAGACCCAUGUACUCCUUCUCCAUGUGGGCCAUACAGUACGUGCAAGACUAUCAACGAACAAGCGAUUUGUACUUGUUUACCUGAAUAUCAAGGUAGUCCACCAAAUUGUCGACCUGAAUGUGUGACAAGCUCAGAAUGCCCUCUGAAUCGAGCGUGCAUUAAGCUAAAAUGCGUUGAUCCAUGUACUGGCACGUGUGGCGAAAAUACUCAAUGUCGAGUUCACCGUCACAGUCCAUAUUGUACUUGCCUCGAAGGUUUUGAAGGAGAUCCAUUUACAAGAUGUACCAAAGAAAUAAUAAUGACAGCAGUAGCUACAAGUCCUUGUGAACCAAAUCCUUGUGGGCCGUUUGCUUACUGCCAAGACAUCUAUGGGUCAGCCUCUUGCAGUUGUAAGCCAGGCUACUUUGGCUCUCCUCCACGUUGUUCUCCGGAAUGCACAAUUAAUGAAGAUUGUUCUAGAGAUAAGGCUUGCGUACGCGAAAAAUGCGUUGAUCCUUGCGUUGGAUCAUGCGGCAGCAAUACAGAGUGCCGAGCGUCUAAUCAUUUGGCAAUUUGUACAUGUCUAAUAGGCUAUCGAGGAGACCCAUUCGUAGGAUGUUACGAAAUAGAAAAAGAUGCAGAGCCAGUACCGAAGCCGGAUUCCUGUACUCCAUCACCGUGCGGUAUCAAUGCUUUAUGUGAUAAUGGAACUUGUUCAUGCAUACCUGGAUAUUAUGGCAAUGGUUAUAUUGAAUGUCGACCUGAAUGUACAACAGAUAAUGAAUGUCAAAAACAGUUUGCUUGUAUCAAUUACAAAUGUAUAGACCCCUGCAAGAAUGCAUGUGGUACAGACGCUAUCUGCAAUGUCUAUAAUCAUUUAGCUAUAUGUGAAUGUCCAGCGCCAUUACGCGGAGAUCCAUUUAUUGCUUGUCGUCGUGUAACAGCGCCAAUAGUAACAGAUCCAUGUUCACCAAAUCCAUGUGGACCGAAUAGCGUUUGUCGGGCAGCGGGCACAGUGGCCCAUUGUUCUUGUCGAUCAAUGAUGUACGAAGAACCGCCAAGCUGCCGACCUGAAUGUCGAGUUGAUUCUGACUGUUCACCGAGUCUUGCCUGUCGUAAUAAUAAAUGCCGUGACCCUUGUCCUGGCUCUUGUGGCACACAUGCUAUUUGUCAUACCAACUCACAUUCUCCAAUUUGUAGCUGCCCCAGUCAUUAUACUGGCGAUCCAUUUACUCGAUGUUUGGAAGUUACAGAACUGGAACCUGAAAUUAAGUCACCGUGUCCGAACUGUGGACCUAAUGCUGAUUGCAUUAAUGGUGUUUGUCAGUGCCGGUCUGGAUAUCUCGGCGCUCCUCCAUUCUGUCGUGUUGAAUGCCUUAAAUCUAGCGACUGUGCCUGGAACCUCAUGUGUUUAAAUAGACAUUGCACUGAUCCUUGUCCCGGAGCAUGCGGUCUUAAUGCUGUUUGUACCGCAGUUGCUCACGAGCCACGCUGCACGUGUCCCCCACCCACUAGCGGAAAUCCUCUUAUUGAAUGUCUACCCACCGUGAAUAUUCCCAAACAACCAGACCUAUGUAAUCCAUCUCCUUGUGGUCCCGGCGCAAUAUGUCGCGCAAGGGGGAAUGGCGCGUCUUGCGAAUGUGAGCCAAGCUUGCGCGGUGACCCGUACACCGGAUGUAGGCCAGAAUGUAUUGCUGACUCGGACUGUUCUCCUAAUCGCGCUUGUAUCCGAUCACAUUGCCGUGACCCUUGUCAAGGUACAUGUGGAAUAGGUGCGGAGUGCGAAACAAUAAACCACAUACCACUUUGCUCAUGCCCAUCAGGAACAAGAGGAAAUGCAUUUGAAAAAUGUGAUAUCAUAACAACAGCUCCUCCUUGCAAACCGUCUCCAUGCGGUCCUGGCGCACUUUGUAACGCAGUCGGUGACAACGCAGUGUGCUCCUGUCCUAGUGGAACGAUGGGAGAUGCAGGCUCCACGGGUUGUCGACCGGAAUGUGUUGUCAGCUCUGAAUGUCCUCGUGAUCGAGCCUGUAUUCGUAAUAAAUGUAUCGACCCAUGCGUUGGUGCUUGUGGAAAUGGAGCCUUGUGUCGCGUUUUCGAUCAUGCACCAAUAUGCUCAUGCCCACCUUCUACCACAGGCGAUCCAUUCCUAGAUUGCAGACUCAGGGAGACACCACCAACGAGUCCAACGGUAUUCGAUCCUUGCGAUCCAAACCCUUGUGGUCCACACGGAACAUGCCGUGAUGGAUUCUGCUCUUACCCUGAGUGUAUAGUCAAUGAUGACUGUCCCGGUGACCGAGCGUGUAUUAAUAAAAAAUGUUCCGAUCCUUGCAUAAACGCCUGUGGUAUCAAUGCAAUAUGCACAGGAGUUCGACAUUCUGCCGUUUGUUCGUGUCCUGUUGGCUAUACCGGUUAUCCAUUUGUGCGUUGUGAACAAAUCACUACCGUCACUGUAGCGCCACCGGUACCUGAAUGUUUACACGAUGAACAGUGUGCCGAUAGCGCAGUUUGUGUCGAUUCCAGAUGUACAUCUGUCUGUGUACUUACAAAUUGUGGCAUAAAUGCUCGAUGCCUAGCUAAACAACAUAGAGCCCGAUGUGCCUGCUUACCGGGCUAUGAAGGUGACGCGUAUAUAGGAUGCCAUUCAGCUCAAUGCCAUAGCAAUAAUGACUGCCCUGACGACGAGGGCUGCGAAAGCGGCAUCUGUAUCAAAAUGUGCCUACGCAUGCGUUGCGGUUCUGAAGCUCAGUGCUUUACGAGAGGUCACGUGGCAUCUUGCGAAUGUAUUCGUGGAACUCGUGGAGAUCCAUGGGUAGGCUGUCGCAAAGACGAAUGCACUAUUGAUGAAGAUUGUCCGAACUGGUUAGCUUGUAAAGGAAAAGUUUGUCAAGAUCCUUGUUCCGGAGCUUGUGCGCUUGGCGCUAUCUGCAACGUCAUACGUCAUAACCCGACAUGUGAAUGUCCACGCGGCACAAGAGGAAAUCCUCAGAUUGAAUGCAAAACAGUGCAAGACGAAUUUGAGUGUGGAAACGAUGCAGAAUGUGGGCCGGGAUUGGCCUGCUUACAAGGAAACUGUAAGAAUCCGUGUGAAGAAACAUCUUGUGGAACUCGAGCCGUGUGUCGCGUUGCAAAUACAUUACCAUUCCGCACCCUAGUAUGCGAAUGUCCCCAACCCUUGACUGGUGAUGCUUCGAUCCAAUGCAGUCCUCGCGGACAAUGCACAGAAGACACGGAUUGCGGUGACGAAGAAAAAUGUUUAGACCGACAGUGUAAAAGCGUAUGUGCAUCGGGAGCAUGUGGUGUUGGAGCAGAAUGUCACGCUCGCGCUCACCGCGUCACAUGCACGUGUGUUCCGCCACUACAGGGAGAUCCAAACGUCGCAUGUACACCAAGUGUAUCUGGGCCGAUGUGCUUAUCUGACGAGGAAUGCGGCGCAGCAGAGGCGUGUGUAGGUCAGCGCUGCGUGUCGGCUUGCGCAAACGCUUGUGGUGCAGGCGCAUUGUGCGAGGCUCAUGCACAUCGCGCUCGCUGCCGCUGCCCACCUGGAACCGCCGGUGACCCGGCUCGCUCUUGUUAUAUACCGGAAUGUACUUCAGACGAAGACUGUCCAUUUGAUAAGAGCUGUAUCAAUAACUAUUGCCGUGACCCGUGUGGUUUCGGAGGUCCUUGUGGUCGAGAUGCUGUCUGUGAAGUUAUCGCUCAUGUGGCCACUUGCCGCUGUCCACCUGGCACACAGGGUGAUCCACGUCGAGCUUGCGUUUCAGGAAUAUGCCAAUAUAACGAAGACUGUGAUGAUACUCAAAUAUGUAAUAGAUUAAACCGAUUCUGUCAACCAGCAUGCUCCGAAAGCAGUUGCGCUCCAGGUGCAGUCUGCACCCCCAAUCGUCAUCUACCCAUAUGUGAAUGUCUACCAGGACAUAGUGGAGAUCCAUUCCUCCGCGGUUGUGUUGCAAUUCAGCUCUCGGAUGAAUGUGCUACUGAUGCUGACUGUGCCCGACCGCUUGGCUGUGUGAACUCUCGGUGCGUCGACUUAUGUCAAGGAAAUGCUUGCGAUGCUGGUCUUUUCUGUAAGACUGUGGACAUACUACCCUUACGAGCUGUGGCCUGUGUCUGUCCGGAUGGAGGCCGUGGGGCACCUGAUAGUGGUUGUCGCAAUCCACCCGAGGCAGAAUGCUCAUCUAACUCUGAUUGCACUAAAAAUCAAAUCUGCCAACGAGGAAAAUGUAUCGACGCUUGUAAAGCAUCGCCUUGCGGACAUAAUGCGCUCUGUGAAACGGAUGAUCAUCUAUCACGUUGUACCUGUCCGCCAGGAUACACUGGAAAUCCAAGAAUAGAAUGCAACACAGAACCGAGGCAACCAUCUAUUUUCGAAUGUUACAAAAAUGAAGAAUGUGGACCCGAGCAAGCAUGUACUGAACGAACUUGUAUCAAUCCAUGUAUGGAUGCAUGUGGAUCUGGCGCUUUGUGUCGUGUAAUAAACCAUGAACCCCAGUGUUCUUGUCCUAUGGGUUACACAGGCAACGCCAAAACACGUUGUACCCCACCAUCACAAGAUAAAUCUGUUAUACCAGUUGGAUGUAAAGCGAACUCUGACUGUCCAUUAUCCAAAGCCUGUAUAAACGGUGCAUGCGCUAAUCCUUGCCUUUGCGGUACAAAUGCGGAAUGCACUGUAGUGAGACAUCAUCCAGUAUGCUUUUGCGAGCGCAAUCAUUCUGGAAAUCCAUACAUUGGAUGUAUUAAAGUUGAUUGUACGUCUGAUUCGGAAUGUCAAGAUAGCGAUAUGUGUUACAACGGAGCCUGUGUCAAUCCUUGCGUCGUAGAAGCUCCGUGUGCCAUAAGUGCUGAGUGUUACGGAGAAGGUCACCGACCUAAAUGCCGCUGUCCUGUGGCUACAACUGGAAACCCAUACGAUAAAUGUCAAGCAUCCGAAUGUGAAAUAGAUUCCGACUGUAACGAUGAUAACGUUUGCAUCAAAGGUGUUUGCCAUAACGCCUGCUCGCCCGAGGGACGUAACCAAUGUGCCUACAAUGCUAUUUGCUUUGCCAGAAACCACGCUGCAUCUUGCAAAUGUCCACCGUCACUACCAUUAGGCGACCCGCUAAGCGUAUGUGAAAAAUCAAUAGUACUCGGUGAACCAGAAUGUAGAAUGGAUGGAGACUGUCCAGGUGGGCAAGCUUGUCUUAGAGACGAAUGUCGCGAUGCUUGUGAAGAACUGAAACCAUGCGGCGAGAAAGCGCGCUGUACAGUUUCUGACAGUGUUCCUUUCCGCACUUUAAUAUGCCGCUGCCCAGAUGGUUACAUACCAGAUGAAAGAGGAUCCUGUAAACCAGCUCAACUACCACCGCUUAGCUGUUCGACGGAUGAGGAUUGUAGUGAUCAGGAAUCAUGUGUAAAUAGAAUGUGUAGAAAUCCUUGUAACUGCGGAGAAAAUGCAGAAUGCUAUAUUCGUAACCAUAGGCCCGUUUGUUCCUGCCGUGAUGGCUUUGACGGUGAUCCUUACCGUCAGUGUCGCAUCGUUGGCUGUCGCUCUAACUCAGAAUGUGAAACACACGAAGCCUGUGUAAAUGGCAAUUGUGUCAGUCCGUGUUUGUUAAAUAGCACAUGUGGUUCUAAUGCUGAGUGUUUUGUAGAAAGGUCACAACCACUAUGUCGCUGCCGUUCUGGAUUUGAGGGUGACGCUUAUUCUGGUUGUAAUGCUAUUGAAUGCAGAUCGAAUGGUGACUGUCCGCAAGAUAAACAAUGUCGUGCUCACAGGUGUAUUAAUCCAUGCCUUACAUCAAAUAUAUGUGGAAACAAUGCUGAGUGCUUAGUUCGUAAUCACAUUAGUGUAUGCAAAUGUAACCAAGGUUACACUGGCAGUCCUUAUAUAGAAUGCAGACUUCAAAAAACAGCAGAAUGUUAUGUAGACGCAGACUGUCCAUCAAAAUUAGCUUGUUUAUCUGCCAAAUGUGUGAAUCCAUGCACGGCACUGCAGCCUUGUUCAACACCAGCUCAUUGUGAAGUAUCUCCCACAUUACCCGUUCGUACAAUGAUCUGUUCCUGUCCUCCAGGUUAUGUCAGUAGUGGUAAAGGCAUCUGUCGCCCGACCACUCCGAUUCUAGAAGUAGCUUGUGAGAUAGAUAAAGACUGUACGUCUAACCAUGCUUGUAUAACUUCGGUUUGUAAAAAUCCAUGCGAAUGUGGACCAAACACUGAUUGUCAAAUAAAAGAUCACAAACCAGUAUGUGCUUGUAGGCCCGGCUUUAUUGGCGAUCCACGCUCGGGAUGUUAUGAUAUUAAAUGUCAAGCUGAUAGCCAUUGCGCAGACGAUGAGACUUGUAUAAAUAACCGUUGUGUGCCCGCUUGCACAAUUGAGCCUGAUAUCUGUGGAAAAUUUGCCGAAUGUUAUGGCGUUGAACAUCGCGCUUCUUGUCGCUGCCAAAUUGGCACUAUUGGUAAUCCAGCCUUGGCAUGUUCGCCGAUCAGCUGUCGUGCAAACUCUGACUGUCCACCCCAAAAAUCCUGCAUCAACUCAAAAUGUGUGGAACCGUGCACUUCAAAUAAUUGCAAUGAACCUGCUGAAUGUCGAGUACAUCUUCACGAAGUUUAUUGUGUUUGUCCACCGGGAUACCAGAGUACUACUGAAGGCUGCAACAAAACAGAACCACUCUGUAAUACUGACAUAGAUUGCCCACCUGCUACCGCGUGCUUAGAAAAUAAAUGCGAAAAUCCUUGCUUGAACAUAAAUCCCUGUGGUAUAAAUGCAGAAUGUAAACUUAUUGAUACAUUACCAGUAAAAACAAUGAUAUGUGAAUGUGAACCUGGUUAUAGAGGCAAUGCUCUUGUUCAAUGUACACCUUAUAAACCUCCCAUCACAAAGUGCGUACAAGGCCAAGGAGUGAACGACAACGGAGAAUGUGUUCCUUGUCUUCAAAACGAGGGUCGUAUUGUAGAUGCACGUGGUCGUUGCGUUUGUGACUUAGAUCGUGGAUUCAUGGUGCAUGGAGACGCAUGCGUACCAGCUGGCUGUCGUGUCGACGAUGAGUGUGAUGAUUCUUCGCGCUGCGUUAACAGAAAGUGUGUGCCAGCAUGUGAAGCCGAACCAUGCGGGCUACAUGCGACUUGCGAAGCCAUCAAUCACCGUUCACGAUGCACUUGUAUCACUGGCUAUAUCGGCAAUCCAAGAGUUCACUGCAAUGCUACCUCAACACCUAACAUCACUAAUUAUCGAACCGAUUUCCCUCUACCAGAUAUGCAGGUACAUUGUCUCGCUAAUGGAGUGAGUGUAAGCCUCAAGAUUAAAGAUUUCAAUGGAGUAUUAUACGUAAAAGGCUAUAGCAAAGAUGAGCGGUGUCGUCUAGUUGUUCAUACAACUGUGAAUCAAGAAAGACCAGUAGAUUUCACUGUAUUCUUUGGUGACUGUGGAUUAGUUCAUGUCAAUGGCCUAGCAAGUUUCGUUUUAGUGAUGCAAAAACAUCCUAAACUUGUAACAUCGAACGCUAAAGCUUUCCACAUUAAAUGUAUAUAUCAAACUGGAGAGCAAAAUGUGACACUAGCUUUCAAUGUAUCUAUGUUAACAACCGCGGGCACCAUUGCAAACACUGGCCCUCCACCUACUUGUUCUAUGAGGAUCGUCUCUCGUACUGGUGACGAGGUCAGUUCUGCAGAGAUAGGAGAAAAUUUAGUGUUGCAAGUCGAUGUUCAACCGUCCAGUAUAUACGGAGGAUUCGCUCGCAGUUGUAUUGCAAAGACUAGCGAAGUAUCAACAAACAUAGAAAAUGAGUACACGGUUACCGAUGAGGAUGGUUGUGCUACUGACGCAGCUAUCUUUGGGGAAUGGGAAAGAAGCGAAGACGGUAGUGCUUUGCGCGCUGCCUUUAACGCCUUUAAGUUCCCUAGCAGCGACAAUAUUAGAUUCCAAUGUAAUAUAAGGGUCUGUUUUGGAAAAUGUCAACCGGUUAACUGUCGCGGUUCUGACGCGUUUGGAAAGCGCCGUAAACGAGAAACGAUCGACACAGAUGGCCCGCUAUCGGGUCAACUUCGAGAGGAGGUAACAGUCGAGUCAAACGAGAUCUUUACGCUGGAGAGACGCGACCCGUCCCGGGCGGCACGGCAACGCGAUGGCUCGGGCACGGAGCCAGGUGGUACGACAGGCGGAGGCGAAGUGUGCGUUUCUGCAGCUGGACUGGCCGUAGCGCUGGCGUUAACGGCGCUGUUGGCGCUCGUAGCGGUGGCAGCAGCGGUAGCGUGUUGGUUGGUUGCGUGGCGCCGAGCGCGCCCACCACCCGCACCAUUACCGCAUCCGCCCGAUUUCCCAAACCCGCUGUUCCAGCGCUGAGCCAUCGCUCGCAGCUAGUCCAUGCCCCGCUCCUCCGCCGGCGCCGGGCGGUGUCGGCUCUUCCUCUUUCACUCACUGGUUAAUCUGUGCGUGCCGUCGGAGGACCGCCGGGCUAGGACGCCACGGGCGCUGCGGCACCGUAGCCGCAACCCUCGAGCGCUCGCGGCGUCCUUAUUAGGUUAUGUUAAUUAUAUUUUACUUUAAUAAUUAUUAACUUAGACUCGUCGCCUCCUCUGAACUAUGUGAUAAAUAAUAAAUAUUCGAAAUCACCAUAUUUUUGUAAAAUAAUUAUUGAAUCUAGACCUUAAGCAAUUAAUAAUUGAAUAAAAAAUAAUGAAUAAAA